AUGGCUAACCUUUCCCUCUUAGUGAAACCAGAUAAUGUGAGUACAUGUAGAUCUUAGAUAAUGUAAAUAGACCUUUAUGUUUUUAGGUAACACCAAGCAAAAAGAAACUGUAAUUUAGGCAAGGUUUAAAUCAAGUUAAUGAGAUUCAAAGGGCCCAAGGGUGGUUUCAAUGCUUUUGCCAUGUGAUUUUGCUUGGUUUUCUUGACUUAAUUUGCUUUAACUUAAUCUGUUACCCUCCCUACCCUACCCUCUGUACCCUCCCCUCCCUACUUUAAGCCAAGUAUCCAUUGCAUACAUGUGAACAUGUAUGUGGAUGUUGUGUUGAUAGGAGCCUUUUUAAUGGGUUUGGCUCAACACCAUAUUCACCACCUUGCUGUUAAUGUCCCCCUCUGUUGCUAACUCUGUACCCUCUAGCACUGAAUAUUGACCAUUAACACAAAUAGAGUCCAUACGUUAUCAUUCACUUUACAUGCUCAGUACCACAAUCAUAACUGAAUGGUGUAAGUUGAUAGAUGCUUGAUGUUUUAAAUUUUGGAACAUCAAGUCUUUAGUGCCCAUGGUUAAUUUGUUUUCAAUUCAAUUUUCUGAAGCAGAAAUAAUGAAUUUAAAAUCAACCUUUUCACCUCAAGUUCUAUUACUAGUAUGCAUGAAUAUAUUUACAUAUGUACACUGUAUGUACUGUACAUUGGUUAUGGUUUUUAUUUCAUAUUGUAGGUGCCCGAAAAUGAUGAGACAUUCACACUGACUUUAGAAUCACCAACUGGUGGAGCAGUACUUGAGGCAGAUGCUGAUCAAAUUAGCGUGAGAAUUUCUGCAAAUGAUGCUCCUUUAGAAUUUCCAAUUCAACAGCUUACAGUCCCUGAAAAUCAGUCUACAAUCGAGAUUGAAGUUUACAGAGGGAUUGCUGAUGAUGGCAUCACGCGGAUUGGACCUGUGAAUGAGGUCACAACUGUAGAGUGGUAUCUUGCACCAGGUCUUGCCAAACCAGGGAAGGACUAUAGAGACGGUAGAAGUACACUAACAUUUCAACCAGGUGAUACCAAAAAGAAGAUAACUGUUCAAUUAAUUGAUGAUAAUGUACCAGAGCAAGCAGAGAAUUUUACUGUCCAUCUAGCAAAUGCAAGUCAAAAUGCUUACAUCAAGCCACCUGGAAUUGCCAUUGUGGUUCUUUUACCAAAUGAUGAUCAACAUGGGGUCAUCUCAUUUGGUGAUCAUCCUGCUAGUUUGGAUGAAGACAGUGCUGCAAGGGGAGGCAUGUUUUAUGUGAAUCGUAGUGCUGGAACGUUUGGAGUGGUGACAGUUUCUUGGAAAAUCCAUGGUGAUGGAGUAAGUUCAGUUUUUGAGAGCACAUCUGGAAUGGUAGCAUUCUCUGCAGGAGUGAGUCAGACAUCAUUUCAAGUCUCUGUCCGCUUAGACUCUGUGCCAGAAGAGGCUCAGCAGUUCUAUGUUCAACUCUAUAAUGUCACGGGUGGUGCCAGGCUUGAAAAUUCUCUGUCAGCACAAAGAGCUGAUUUCUUUGUGCAAGACAGUGAUGACGUGUAUGGUGUCUUCCAAUUUGCUGGAGAUAAUGAGCAAAAACUAGAUAUGGUGAGUGUGUAAUGUUCCAUGCUAAAAAGUUAGGGGAUUUCAAGUCUACUGGGUAAACAUGAUGACCAAACUGUGAUUAACUUCGAGUUAUGAAGUUUGGUUUAUCAUUUGAUGAAUGCUUAUCAUAAUGGUAGAUGUAUUGUGCAAUAUUUAUUUAUUUUUCUUUUGUACUGUAUUGAAAAUGAGAUAAAAUGAAGUUCUUUUCAUUAGAAACCUCUUUACUUAGUAGUUUUUAAUGCCCCUGCAGAAAACUUAAUUGCCCUUCAAUCAAUCCUUUUUUCUUUUUCGAUCUUUUCUCAGGAUAGUGAACCUCGUCAUCUACUUCUUAAUAUAACAAGGACUGGGGGACUGGUUGGAGAUGUUGCUGUAAACCUGAGUGUUAGCUACAUUCUACCAGGAGGCAGCAGUAGUUCAAAUGAGGAACAACAAGAAGUAACACUACUUGCUGGCUCCAGUAGUAUCCCUGUUACAAUACAGAUUGCCAAUGAUCAAUUCAUUAAGCUUGGUGCCGCAUUUAAAGCUGAGCUGAUGGGAGUGGCCCUAAGAGGAGGAGGUGGGUGCAUGAAUUUAGUACCAAGUAUGCUUGAAAGCAUUAAAGAAGCAAAUGUAGUGGUUCAAACACAGGGCAAUGACCCCUGCAAACUUGCAGUUUAGUAGAUUAGAAUGCAUACUCUGGGAGAUAUGGUUUGUGUGUAUCUAGAGGUAUGGGUGGGAACCUUACACUGCAGCUGGGUUUGUGUAAUGCAUUCUGGGGAAGGCUUUUACUGUCACAGUGCCUCUCCAUACUAAGAAGUUUGAAUGAAUACAAGAAAACUGUUGGCAUUUUGGCAUGAUAGCUGUCUCUACACUUACCAUGCAUAAAUGCCACACCUUUAGAAGAACAAAAAUUGAAUUUCUUUUAAAAAAAUAUGUUCAACAGCUUCUGCCAUAGUGGACUCAGUGAAACCCUCAUCGCCUAGGAUUGGAAACAGAUCUAUCAUCUACCUAAACAUAACAGCGGCAGAUGCCAAUGGAGAAGUUGGAUUUUCCACAGUGCAUCAGAGAGUUUCUGUUCAGGAGGCAGAAGGUCCAUCGUCACAGUUUGUUCAUUUGCUGGUAAAGAGAACUGGAACUGCCGAUAGGGUUGUCGUUUACUGGAAUAUCACAAGCACUAGUGCCACAUUUUUUGCUAAUGAUACUGGUCCUCAGAAUGGAAAUGUCACAUUUGAAGAAGGUAAUAUUCCUUUGAGGAAAAUCUUUCAAAUUACAUGUAUUUCCAAACAUAGUGGCUUUCCAUUUUCAAUAAUUUUUGUUUGCACCUAAAGUAUUUUGUUUUAAGGCAGGAUUAUGAUUCUCUUAAGUAUUGUUCUCACAUUUCUUACAUUUCCUACUUUGUUGAAAGCUACAAGGGAUGGAACCAAAAAAAAACCUCUAGAAAAAAAAAAAAAAAAAAAAAAAGAAAAAGAAAUUCUUCAUAAUGGCAUCUCAGUUAUGGUAAUGAAGUAUAUUAUUUAGAAAAAGAAGAAAAACAAAAUCAGAUUGAGGUGAAGUCAUUUUAACCUACUCUGCAAACCUUAUUCAACCAGCAAAAGGAUGAACACAUUUUGAUUUUCUGUCUUUCAUAAUUGUUGAUUUUAUCUUGAAGGUCAUGAUGAGGUUAACAUUACUAUUGAAAUCAAACCAGACAGUACUCCAGAAGUAGCUGAAACCUUCACUGUCAACCUCGUCAAUGUGUCAAAUCUUGACAGACUCCAGACAGGAGCAGUAAGUAAAGCUACCAUUACUGCCACUUCAUUUCUCACUCAUGAACAAUACCUCUGCAUGUAUAAUGUGGUAAUAUGGUAUUAUAAUGGGGUAAUAUGGUAUUGAGUGUAUACCAUUUCAUUUUGAUGUUCAGAGCCUUAUCCCUCCAUCAGAGCAAUUGAUGAAGGGCUAAUGCUUGAACCUCAGCUUCUAAUCUCUUUAUAGAGUCCAAUUUAUGUUAUAAACUCAGUUGAUAAUACUAAAUUACCCUGUUAUACUCUUCCACAAAUGCAGAAAAUUUACCCCCUUAGUUUAUUCCUGUGUAUAAUGGUUGUUAUCUAUGAAUAUGUUUUACAGAGUAGUGCACAAGUGACCAUUGAAGAGAAUGAUAAUCCAGGGGGGACAUUUGAGUUCAAUAAUACAGCUCCCCUCUCUUUAAAGGUAGGUUCUCGUUCAACUCUUUUGUCAUUGCAUGUUUACUACUGUAUAAAUGUGUGAGGUUUUGUUCCAGAGGAAAAUCGAUCAGUGAUUUCUUGUGAUUAUCUCCAGUUUUUGUGAUGUGGAAGUUCUUAAAGUUUGUCUCUUCAUCUUGGAUGAGAAAGUAAUCCAUUGCAGUUUACCAAAUAAACCAUUAGCAUUACAUCAAGUGAUUGGUAAUCAUUUUAAAUUCCCGUGUGAAGAGAGACACUGUGAGAGGAAAGUGUCUCUCCCAAGAACACAACGCAGUGACAUGGCUGGGCCUUCAACCUGGACUAGUCUGGAGCUGGCAUAACAGCCAUUUGGCCAAUUUGUCUGCUAUUGUAUGAUAACCAGGCAUUACUGAAAUUGUGUCAUGCCUAACUGAUUCAGUUCGGUAAUUCAAAAGUUUAUUAUUGAUCAAAGUGCGAAAUGAUACUGACGACUAUGACUGAUGGAAAACUGAAAACAGAAUCCAAAAAUGUUUUUGUCUUUUUGUGGGCACUGUCUGCUAUUCUUUAUUUUCAUCAUGACUUAAGUUUUAAACUUUUGCUUUAACUUAAGCUUUAAAAUUCUCUGCUUAGGAGCGGGAUGCUUUUAAUGUUGUCAUAAAGCGAGUGGGAAGUGCAUUGGACACACGCUGGGUGCAGUUUAGAAUGGUUCCUUCAGGUAAUGGGGAUUAAUAAUGAAUGAAUAACUUUAUUUAUGGGGGUGACACAUUACGGUUAAGAACUGGUAAACUUGUGAUCCUCCCCUAAGAUAUAAAACUAAUUUUAAUUAUAAAUAUUAAAAAAAGGAAAAAGCAGUGGCAAAUGGUAAAAACGGGAAGGAAAAAAAAAACAGUAAAUGUGUUUUGAAUAUUAAGAAGGGAUCAGAAGGUAUAAAAAAUUAUGAAAUGGGAAAACUAUCGAAGCCAGCAUAACCUUCCUUUAUAAAAUUACAAUUAUAGUUCUGUUUGAAUACUGGUGCCAGAUCUUAUUUUAAUAAGUAAAGAGUUCCAAAGUUUUGCGUCUGUAACGAAAGGAGUUUUUUCACCUUCUGUGUCACAGUUAUACCUAGGACAGUGUAUAGUUAUAUCAUCAUAGCGUUAGGUUCUGGUCGUAGUUACCGUAGCUCUAAUAAACCACAAUCGAUAUAUUUGAACCUGUGCUAGUUUAAAUUGAGUGGAGUUUACGGAUACAAAUGCUGUAUAAAAUGCAUUGAAAAAGCAAAUAAUAGUUUUUCCCGUUGUCUGUUUUGUCCCUUGAUAACUUUUAUUCUGAAAAAGGUUCCUAUUGUAACUGGUCUUGUCCAAACAUAUCAGGAUUGCCUCUCCUCAGUAAAAACAACUUGUCUCUUACUAGGGUGUAUGUAUCUUCUUUGCAACCCUUAGUGAGCAAUCAGCAAAUGUUCUUGAAACACCCCCCUCUUACAAUUGAAUUAUUUGCAAGAGGCUGUUUAUCAACAACCAACAUUGAAAAGGAGGGAAGGUUGUUCUCAAACAUACAUGUAAUCAUGUUAUCAUUUACUUAAACCUUCUUAAUUUUGGUUGGCUUCAUAUGUAGGUGUGAUAUUUUCCUCGUUUAGAACUCUCUAAAUUACUUGGACUUCAAUAUUUCUGUGUGUCAGUCAAUGAUAAAUAAUAAGAAAAAAUAGACAAAAUACAGUAUACAAUGUUCCUUUAAUGUAGUUUUAUCGUUUCAACCUUCUUGAUGGUCAUUCAUGGUAACCUCAUUCAUGGACAAUGUGUUUUUUCUAUUUCAGGAGUUGAUGAUUUUUUUGGUAGCAAGAAGUUAGUCAAUUUUCUGCCUGGUGAACGAGAAAAAUCUUUUUCAGUGAUUGCAAGAGUUGAUAAUAUUCCUGAGGUAUGCUUGGAAACUCUUUAUUAAAGAAUUGUUACUGACAAUCAAUGCUUUAGACAAGAUGCCUGAAUCCACGAGAAUUUCAACUAGCAUGUAGUCAUCUUGACCAAACACGCUUGGUCAGGGUUUUGGUCAAACCGUCUUUUUGAGAAUAAACUUGGGUAAAAUGAGUGGAAAAUCCUUACUGUGCAGAAUACAGAGGACUAAAAGAUAGAAUUGGCAAACAUUGUUUACACCCAAUACAGAUCAAAUUUAGAUUCCUUGCACUGGUUAUAAUUUUGUAACAAGUUACAUAUUUACAAGUCUGUAUAUAUGAAUAUAUGAAAUAACUGAAACCUUCUAAAUGAAUUACAACAAAAUCUAAUCUAGGUGUCAACAAGGAUGUAAACAUUUCAGGCAAAUUCAUCUGUCUUUCUUGCUUUGGUAUCUAAUUGGGAUACAAUAAUCGCUUCAUAUUGCCUAUUCAUAGAGCCAGUCAUAAAAAUAUAACUAUGAAUGAUAUUCUUUUUGAUAUUUUAUAGAUUGAUGAGAAGUUUACGUUGGGUCUAUACAGUGAAGGACCCGAUGGACAGAAAGGUGUUCUGGGAAGCCAGAUAACAAUCAAUGUGACCAUUGAGAAAAAUGAUGAUCCUUAUGGUGUGGUUGGCUUCAAAUCCGCUAAUAUCAUCAAAAAUAUCAUCAAAUUCAUAGAUUGGGAAAAAUUGUUCGAUCAGUGGUUUUUUGACACUUCAUUAAAUUCAUGAAAGCGGCGCUCAUACACUUGCAUGUUGUUCUAUGGAUAAAGUGCGUGGUAAUAUUAAUGGAUUUUCAUUCGCGACUUCUCCGUGUCCAUGUAGAGGACUGAUUAUUUAGUGCAUGUUUAGUAUGUUCCAGCCGGGUUACGGUCGUACGGUCGUACGGUCGUACAUCCAAUUUUUUUCGGCUUGAUGGGUUAUUACUAUUUUGUAAUAAUUAUGGGCUACGCUUUGCGAGCUCCGCUAAUAUUUAUGCAUGUUUAGUAUGUUUCAGCCGUGUCGGGGAGUUGUUUUCAGCUUUUUUUCUUCCCCUUUUUUUCUUGUCUUUCCUCUGAUAUUUCUGUGUAAAGGUUCCUUGUUCCCUCAUCUGGGGACUCAUGACUGAUUUACUAGGUUUUACCAGUCAUUGGGGCAUCAUUCAAUCAAGCCGCCAAGUACCAAAAGUAGAAGUUCCUGGUCAUACCAUAUCCUUGCUGCCAAUCUUCAUGGAACCAUGCACAUGCGAACUUAAGGAUUUACGUCUUGAAAGAAAGCAUUUACACGUUGUGCUUUUUUUUCUGUUUACUCAGAUGAAUCCGAGACCAACACAGAGAGUGCUCGUUUUGAGGUUUUCCGUAACAAAGGAACCUUUGGUGUUGUAUCAGUUUCCUGGAAUAUCACUGCGAGUAAUGGUGGCGACCCAGCCAGCGAUGUGUCUCCAGUGUCUGGUCACGUCACUUUCUCAGCUGGAGAGAAUUCCAAGUUUAUUACCAUUGAAUCUCUGCCAGACAACGUGAGUGCUUUAUUCCGAACGUAUUUGUGUACAAGUCUUUUUAGAGCCGUUUUCAAUUGACUGUCGUAAGUAAUAUAGGAUUUCUUUCCGGCGCUUCAGGUAAGUUACUUGUUUUCACAUUGAGGGCCUUGUAAUUUUUUUCCUUGCUCUGAUAGGUUCUUUGAUAACUUUGGUUUUGAUUUUACGACACUGUAUGGCAAACCUCCCUUUCUGAACAUUUCCCUUUUGUCGAGAUAAGUUUUCCUCAUCUUCUUGGAAUGGCUUAGAACUUAGCAAGGGUUCUAUUUUCCCUUUUUUUUUUUGCAGAUUCCCGAAAGAAACGAGUCAUUCACGUUACGUCUCAACAACAUAUCGAGCAUAGCCAAAUUAGCUAGUCAGGAUUUACUUGAAGCCACUUUAAUCAUCUCUAAGAACGAUGACCCAGUGUAUUUUGCUCCACCCACCUCAAUAAGAAUUCAAGAGGGUCUGUACGCCAAUUUAACCAUUGAACGUGGAGGUGAUGGUAGCGAUACUGUUGACGUUUUCUAUCAAACGGUGGAUGGAACUGCGACCUCUACUUCUGGUGAUUACCAGCCCAAGACAGCGAAAGUGACGUUCGAUGUUGGAGAGUUCCAAAAGACCAUAUCGAUUAUGGUGUUGAACGACAGCACCCCAGAGGGGGUGGAGACGUUCACAGUCAGUCUUUUAAACUCAACAGGGGACACAGUGCUUCAUAACAAAACUAUUGCCACUGUGACUAUUUUGGCGAGUGACAAGGGGUCUGGCGUUUUCAAGUUUGCUUCCAAUUCACUGAACAAGACAACACAAGAGAAUGCAGCGGUUGAAUUCAAGUAAGAGACACUCCUUGCUGCUCAAUAGCUAGCUGAGAGUUAUGUGUUCUUUGGCUUUUUGUUAUUGAAAUCCGAGGUUUUUCACUUUAUGGUGAUUUGUGUACAAAUUGUGCCAUUUACAUUGUACUUACAUUUGGCUGAGAAAGGAAACAAGUCGCAGUGAUUUUGGGAAGGUGAUUUUGUCUAACGGAUAGAACAAGAUUCCUGAUGUGUAUCGUUUAUUUAAUUUACUAACUAAUUAGAACACUGCUUCUUACAUUCAGGAUACUUGUUUAAUUUUUAGUAAACUUGUUUGGAGAUCUACCAUGUCCUUUAUGAACAUGUAUAGAGUGAUACAGCUUUCCCUGAAGAUACAAUUAUUGCGUUUGAAACUUUGGCUGACAGUCAUGGACCGUCAAAGACUUUCUGAAAAUUAAGAUCAGGGGGAAAUUUUCAUGACUAAAUAACUUCUAUGCCAUAUUGAUUUCUACCCUUUAGUGUCGAAAGAGAGCUUGCCCAGUUUGGUGAGGUCAGAUUGUACUGGAAAGUAGUUCGCCUAUAUUCCAAUGGAACCACUAUGGAUCUGUCGUCUGGCCAAGAGUUUACUGAUGUCGUUGACUUUGUUACAUUUGUUAAUGGUCAAUCAUCACAGUCUGUUAGACUGACACCACUCCAAGACGGAAUUGCUGAAUUAUAUGAAACUUUUGAGCUUCAGCUCGUCAAUGCAACAGGUGUUUAUCUAUCUUUCGGAAGAUUUUUGUCCCAGAUUCUUAUUUAUAGAUAAUUUUCUUUGUCCAAUUGGAUAUUACAUAAUUAGAGAAAAUUACUUGAAACCUUGUCUGAACUUAAAACCUUUGUAUUUAUCUCAACUACGUUACUUUGUAGUCAUGUUUAAUGUCUUAAGGUACAACUCGUUUGUUCGUGUCCAGCUAACUUAGAGAAAUCAUGCACAUUAAUACGCUUAGGCUGAAAAUGGCAAGUUACAAUUGAUUAAGGUUACUUGCGUCUAUCGGCAAACAAAUAAAUACCCAUGAAAAUAACUCAUGAUACUCAACUGAUUAUCAACCCUCCGCGCGACUCUGAUGUUGAUCUUCAUUCAAAAUUUCGAAAGGUCCGUGGCUUUUACUGACGAUAGGAAGUUUGAGAUUUUAUGACUAGGGCGACUGGGAAACGGCAACUGAAAACAAACUUUGAUUUCUCUUAAAAGUCUACAAGUAGUUCGAUGUGUUUACAUUCUGUAGCGGCGAGCUUCAACUUUGACAUCUCUUUAGGGAUUCAAACUGGUGAGAACGGUGUUAUAAGCAGUCCAUCGAAAGCAUCCCUGACGGUUACUGCCAACGAUGACCCCAAUGGAUUGAUGAGGUUUGAGAAAAGGUCUGUGGAAAUUCCAGAAGACUAUAACCCUGGAAUGAAAGCUACCACCACAAAAAAUGUGACAGUUUUGAGAGAUCAAGGAUCAUGGGGAAGCAUUCAGGUAAGAUUUGCGACACAUGUGGGAAACUUAGAGAAUAUUCAGAGGAUUGAAUUUACAUCAUGAGCAUGUACAGAGGCAGUGACUUAUAUGCACCUUAAAAAAGUUCGAGUCGACACGAAAAGAGAAAAUUCUCUAUAUGCGAUCAUUCUAACUCUGAUUUAUUAUUGAAAGAACGCUUUGGAACGUGGUUGGAAAUUUCUAGAAUGUCUUUUGACUCUUCCCUGUCUUGGGUAAUGAUAAUGUAACCUCUACAAAAGAUCUCAAGCAUUUGGCUUAAAAUACUAGAAGCUGUGCUAUAAGCCUACGCCCAUUGGCACCGACACAUGUGGUUAAAUUCCCACGCAGGAAGUGCCAUGUUUCAAGAAUGUGGGACAGACGGAAAAUCCGAGUCUUCUGUGCAGAAUCAAGCCGUUGAUCGCAACAUGAUGUUCGUGCGACAAUGUAAUCGUGGUUGUGUACCGCAUGUUGGUGUAACGCAUGUUGGUUCGAGAGCACUUGGGUAAUUCUGUGUGUUGAAUGCGCUUUUACUUUUGUUUGCAGGUUGCUUGGGAAAUUCAAACAGCUUCGGCGUCAUUGGCUAGCAUCAACGAUAAUGCUUAUGAUUUGUUUCUACUGGGCUCAAGGAUGUCAGGUGUUGACAGCCGGCCUGAUCUGCGCAGAUUGAAUACAGAGACCUACGUGUAUUGCUUUAAUGGAACUAACAAUGGUAAGGCUAUGAGUCAGUCCAUUAAUCCACAGUAGUAGUGAACGUCCAACUUCUCAUACGAUACAUUACAUUUAUGCAUCAAACAAGUGAUGAGAGUAAACAUGCUUUUCAGAUCUUGAUUGAAAAAAAUCAUGUUCGGAUCUUUACUGACUACUAAGGAAUGGUUUGGAAGAAAAAGAGAUUUGCGAAUCAGGCAGAGUAAUUUUAUAUUGAGCGUCGAAAGUAAUCCAGAAUUUUUUUUCUUUUAUUUCCCUCUGUGAUUGGUUCAGAAAACUCGUGCCUGCCUCUCAACCAAUCAGAUGCAAAACUAACACCGACCGUAUCUUUGUCACUCACGUUUUCCCGCGCUUCAAUCAGUUGACUUGCUUUAAAAUGUACUUACAUUUUACUGUGUUCGUUUCUAUUUUACUUUGGUUUUAGUUUUACGACACGUAAUCGAAAAGCCUCUUAUUUGGAGUUAAAGUGUCAAAGAAUGUCAAAAUUCAUUAGCAUCAUUGCAUCUGUAAUUAUCUUCAUGCAAAUUUAUUUGCAAAAUUCAUGUGACCUCUUUCGAGUAAAUUCAGUUAAGUUAAUGAAGUGCACUUGGUGAAAUCUCCUUUCGUGAAAAGGAAGUUGUAUUCCAGAUUGGUUGGAAAUCCUGAAACUUCUUAAUUGAAAAUAAACCCAGGUAAACUUCUCAAAGUUUGUACAACGUGAGAAUGAAAAUUCCUUUCUCACCUUCAAGUAUUUAUUAACUAAUCUUUACUGGUUUUAUAAUCACAGAAUCAUUUGUUGAACUGUCUGAUUCGACCAGUCCACAAUCAAAGUUUAGUGUAAGGUGAGAAUUAUUCAUAUUGUUUUUUUUAAUACUAAGGUAAGAUUAGUUGAUGAUCGCACCCUUUGCGAGAGAAUUUGUCGUCUCUCAUAGUGUAAUUUGUAAGCAACGCCCACUUGAUCCCUGAAUUAGUGCCUAAUCCUGUUAUAAUGUCUUCCCUUUUUCAGAUUCUGGGUGAAUGCUACUAAAGGAAUGUAUGGAUAUGUGCUGGCCAGUCUGGAUGGAAAUGCCGUGAACUUUGCUUUGGUUUUGAAUACGACUGGAUCUACUACAAUAGCAGACUUUUUCUAUUUGUCAAACAAGGUACAAAGAAGCUAAUAAAUGUGUCAACUUUUAGGAGAUUAUGCUCUUGUCAUGGGAUAGUUACGCCAUAAUGAAUUUAUAUAUCUAUGAAUGCCGUUUACGAGAAGAUACACUUUGAUUUUCCUUGUUGUUGUUAGAUUCGUGAAAAAAAGAGUUAAAAGAAAAAACGAAGUAACUGAGAUAGCGUGAACUGAACUGUUAGAAAUUGGACCGAAUAAACGAAAUGUAAUUUUGCUCGGGAAUUUUUAUGGGGGAAGUGCUCUGUUUGUGACAUUUAAUUUAACUUACUUUGGAGAAUGGAAAACGUCCCUGGUAGAUUUUAUUAGACAUUGGAAUCUUAUAUCUCCAUUUUUAUUUUAGACUGAGGUAAAUCUUGGCAAGGACAUUGCAGACAACAGCUGGCAUUUUGUGGUUUUUACUGUGGAUGUAAAUGUUGUUCAGUUUUAUGUCGAUGGAGAUCCAGUCGGCAAUGCAUAGUAAGGAUCUGAAAUGAAGUGUUGUGAUCAUGUUCAUAUGUUUAUGGUAUUUAUUUUUGCAAAAUUCUGAAUGUGACACACCUCUAGGCUUUUUUGUUAAUAAUGUUACUCAAUUUAAGUACGCGCGGAUUCUAAUAGGCUACGUUAAUUCUUACUGAGGCGUAUUAUUGUUAUAUUUGUGCUAAUUAUUGUUCUUAAACUUGUUUCAGUCCGCUCCCAUCAGGAUCAUUAAGCUCUGUUGCCCUUUACCGAGUAGGAAAAGGACCUACCUCAGAAUCACAGUUUACAGGAUGCAUCCAAGACAUAACAGAGUAUCGAGAAGUGAUAGUGGCAAGGUACAAGGGUUGCCCAGGGGAAUCUUCUUUUUCUGUAAGACGUGAUGAACUUAAAUUAAUGAAAUGAUCUCACUGUCAAUUUCAACGUGAUUCUUGGUGUUCACUCUGUGCAAUUUUCAAUGAAAGAUCGAUGAAAUUACAGCAUAAAAGUCAGCAGCUUAAAAGAUUGGCCUCGUUAUAGGAAUUGAGCUUGCGUUAUUGCACUAUUGACGGCUCUAUCUCGUUUUCAACUGCUCUAUCUCAGUUGGUUUUGAUUCUUCAAACACUCUUUCUUUGCUCGUUUGCCAAGUUUCCUAGUCUACUUCUAGGAUUAAGUAGUCUGUUACAUGCUUAUUUCUGAUUGUGAAGUGACAUCUGAGAUCCGUGUUUUGUGAUCUCUCAUGCCUUACUUUCUCCACCACGAACCUCAUUAUGGCACUGUUGUGUAUUGUAAUACCAGAAGAUCGCUAAGUUUUGUUUUUCCUGUUCAGGUCGGUCAAAGAAAUGUCCAUUUCUAACAACGAACUAACGCCAAUAAAUGGCUAUUUAACCUUUGAGCCUGGAGUAACACGAAGGACGUUAAUGUUAAGCACUAUUGAUGAUGACAAACCAGAAGACGACACGCCUUAUAAUGUGGUGCUGUACAGUCCUCUUGGAGGGGCGCGACUGGACACUAAUGAGUUUUGGAUGGAUCUUAAAGGUUAAAUAAAUAUAUAUUACACAUUUGUUAAUGCAAGAAGCCCUAAGUAUUGCUGUGCUAUUGCUGAAAACUGGUUAUUUCUAUCAGCUCCUAAACCAGAUUACUUAAUUGUCCUUCAAAAGCUCUUUGAUUCUCUAUGAAAGUGAAAUUCAUUCCUUGAAUUCAUUCCUUUGCAAACUUCGGACAUUCCCCACAGCAAAAUUCACAAUUUUCAAAUUUCGUACAUAAAGAGGGAAUUUUUUGCAGAGGAAUCGCUUCUAAAUUCCAAUUAGAGUAGAGAUAUACUCCGGUCUGUUCAUCCAAGGUAGGAUAUAUGUAACUCUAUUCGAUCAACCUCGAGUCCAGCCAAUGCAAAAAAGCAGCGCCUACAGCGUCAGAUGGAACUACACAAAAACACCAAGAAAUAAAGAUAUACGCAUCUUGAUUUACGUGCUCUCUUUUGUUUUCUUUUCAGUACUGAAGAGUGACAAUGCUAAUGGUUUGUUCGGUUUCAAGUCAGUCAGUCCAGUAGUAAUCAGUGAGUCUACUAAUGUUACUGUGACUAUUGAACGUCUCAAGGGUCAGUAUGGAGCAGCCACUGUCACUUGGAGUGUAUUCAAGAAUUCAUCAUCUGUAUUAGCUUCAGAUGAUUUCACUAUGGCCAGUGGAAAUGUGAAUUUUAUCGAGAAUGAAAACGAGAAGGUAUGAAUACAGUCUCCUUCGUAGCCGUUCAAAGUCCAUUCCUGGAAUGGUGUUCAACGUGUAUUAGGUAGAGCAAUAUCUUGUCAACCUCAAGUUGAACAUUAGCAAAAAGUCUAAGUGUCAGAGCGGUUUUGGCUGGAUGUGGAAAGUAAUCUGGAAUUGCUCAUAUUGGGAAGUUUGGAGAGCACUCAAUAAACUAGUGUGGCCGCGCCUCAACCGACUCUUUUUCUUCUCUAGCGUUUUCUAAACUUCCCGCGUGCAUCCAUGUUUUUAAUAAUAGUUUUGUUCAUACAUUGCUCUUACCAGGUUGUGACCAUUCCCGUAAAUGAUGACGGACUACCAGAAGUAGAUGAAUAUUUCACUCUCAAUUUAACAUCUGUUUCCCCAACGGACGGAAGCACUCCAACGAGUGCUGCAAGUCUUAGACCUGGGUUUACACAAGUUGAUAUCACUAUCCAAGAGAGUGACUACCCAAAUGGAUUACUGCAGUUCAUGCAUGCUGUUCCACUUGCAAAUGGGACUAUUCCGCCAUCAUCUUCCCAAUUUAAUGUCGACACUCGGGAAAGUGUUGGGACACUUACACUUCGCGUGAUCAGAGCUCAAGGAACAUUGGGUGAGUCUGGCAAUGUCUUGCAAUAAAUGAAAUCAUCUGAUCGUAUUUCUCUUUUUUUGGAUUAAGUGUUGUCCUUAAAGUGACUUCUAACAAUGGAAGCGCAUAGAGAUUAUCAUAAGAGGCGUGAUGAAAUCCCUUGGAGAAGUAUGAUUCUUUUGGAAACGAUAUAGUUCCAUCUUCACUAUCAACAUUCAUGUUCACGAUUGUGGUACUGAGAGGUUUCAGCGUAGGGAGUCACCUCCUAACUUGAUGAUAUUUGCCUUCCAAAGAGGUGGAAAGCGAUUUCUGGAGCUUGCUUCUCCGUUAAGAAUUUUGCGAAUUAAUUGAUGUGAUGAUCAUCUCCAGUGACGUUAGAGCUCAUUAUCCCUUGAAUGAUUGUUCUUAGUAUUAAUAGAUAGGGGUAUUAGAUAGAUCCUCAAGUUUAUUGUAAAUGUUGUUAUUUUAUCAAUAAAUGUCCGGCGGUAUAUUAUCUAUAAAUAUCUUUUUCACUUUUUACUGGUGUUUUUUAAUCUACAGGAAGUGUUAAGUGUCAGUGGAAGACUAUUGCAGACACAGCAAAAACUCCAGACGAUUAUAUUGAUACCACAGGCGCUGUUGAGUUUGCUCCUGGCGCUCGAAAUAACACAAUUAACAUCCGAAUUGUGGAUAACAAUAUCUCAGAGCUUCAAAAGACAUUUAGAGUGGAGCUCUUCAAUGCUGAAGGAGGAGGUAGAUUUUGAAGUGUUACAUUUUUUUUUCAAUAUCUAUUAUGUGCAUUGAGUGAUACUCCUAUACAGGGAGCUCGUUUUUCGAAGCGACGUUUUCCUUACCCUCCUGGAUGGCAUGGUAGUCUAUCACAGCUCCCGCCGCCCGCUCCCCUCCCCCCACUUUCCCCAAAAUUUUAUUACAAGCAGGUUUCCACACUAAAGAGCAAUGUCAAUCCCUGGAUUAAAGAUAAAAAAUUUUCGACCAAUAUCAUGUUGGAAGAAUAUGUUUGAUCGUUCAGCCUCCCCUCUCAAAAUGGCUAUGCAUGCUUAAUUUAGAUCAAACAUUUCAAUCCAAAAAUUUGCUCCAGAGUGUUUCCUCGUUCAACCAUUCCAUGUUUUGGGAGACAGACACGAAAUUGUUUCAUCGUCUAACUGGUAAAAUCAUAUGUAGUCGAUAUGUAGAAAAACCACGCUACCAAAAUGGUCCUAAAUCCAGGGGUUUGAUGGUUCUGUUGCUCGCGUUAACAAAGCCUGUCGAUUAAAGCAGUUAACCUUGCUGAAAUUCCACUCUUCCAUUCAGUCAAAGAGCAGUUUUAUCAAAAUGCUCUUUUCAGCACAAUCGAAUUGACUGAUUGUUGGUAAGUAUUUCGCUAUAAAAAUUAGCAGAUGAAUUUACAUGAUGUGAAGUUCAAAGUAAACUUAUUUUAAAAUUUUUUUUUCGUAGCUGAAUUAAAUCCAUCCGCCAAGAUUGCAUUCGUGACAAUACUUCCAAGUGAUGACGCGUUCGGCAUCAUCAGCUUUUCUCCAGACUCUCUCAACCACUCUGUCCGUGAGGGCAGCGGGAGCAGUGUAAGCCUAACAGUUCAGAGGACGCGUGGUGUAUUAGGCCCAUCAACUAUCUACUGGGAGGUUUCAGGAGAUGGUGCCGUUGAUGUAGAAAACACAAAUGGUUUUGUUGUGCUCGCUGAGAACACCAAUAGCACACAAAUUACCAUUAGGAUCAAAGACGAUGUUGUAUGUAUAAAAGUUUCCUAUACGGUUUCUUUGUGUAAGGCACUCGCCUUUCGACAAGAGUUGUUCAAAUGUCAUUCGAUCGUUAUGCCUUAAGUUUGUGGAAGCUGAUUGGUUUGUUUUGAAGUCUCACUAUCUGUUAUAAGACUUCGGUAGAAUUUAUCGGUUGUCUUCUCAUUUUUAAUUCGUCGAUAAGUCAUUUGUUUUUUGCCGAUAACUGUGGACAUUCUCCGAGCGGCGAGGCGCUUGUAUUAACCCGCCUUUGUUUUUUUGUAAACGUUCUAAGCUUGGGUUAAACAUUGAGCAGAGGUACAGGUAUUAGUUGGGAUUGCUUGUUGAUAUUAAUCUGCAUUGUGCUUGUUGACAUCGCAAUUGUUGGGGUUCUUACCAGUCUCAGAUAUUAGAGGCUCAGUCAUUGGAACUCUUGAUAUUGUUAACUUUUCUUUGUCUGUUGUAAUAUUUGUGGAGGUUCGUCGGUAUAUACAACGUUAGUGAAAGCUGAAGUGCUGUACUUUUGUUCAUGGCAGGGUGAAAGGGUCUGCAUGAUAUAAAAUUUGUGGAUAGCUUUCAAGGUAACCUGUACAUUGUUAUAGUUCUUGAAUUAAAGUUAUAUGUGUUUUCUUUGCAGUAUCCUGAGCUGGCAGAGAGCUUCCUUGUCCAUCUGAGAAACGUGUCUGCAGGCCGCCUGGCGGAUCAUGGAACACAGUCGAACGUCACUAUACUUGCCAGCGACGAUCCUUACGGUGUGUUUGUCUUCUCUCCUUCACAACUGACGAUCAGUGAAUCCAACACAACCGUGAACUUAACGAUACAGAGGCUGUCAGGGGUACAGGGAGUGGUCAGGGUAAACUACAGCAGCACCAUUGGAAAUGGCAUACCUAAUGUUAGAAUUGCUGUGGAAAAUGAGGAUUAUGUGCCCAUCAUGGGGUCUGUUAUGUUCAGUGAAGGGCAGAAGUAUGCAAAUGUCAGUUUAAUGGUGCUGGAUGAUAAUGUCCCUGAAGAUGCAGAGACAGUCAUGGUGAAUUUAACAGAGGUGCAGCUGGUUGGCGGCCAUCCGGUGUUUCCUGGUAAGUUUUCAUUUUAUUUGGUUCGCAUACCAUCUUUUUUGAUUUCAUGAUUGAGCUCACAAUUCACCUUCUUUUUCACUCUUGGUACUUACACUACGCUUUGGACAUUUUUGAUCCUAUUAUUGUGAAAAGCGUUUCGCACAUGAACCCAGUAUUGGCCUAACUCAUCGUAAAGUUCUCUGCAGCCCAGUAAUAAAGUAUGGGAGCGUAGAGACUGAAGGUCUGGAAUUGGACUCCUCGCGGUUCGAACUUAGGUUUUUUCUUUGUUCUACGCUCUUGACAAGCUGAAUAACAUCUUUCUUUAUUUUAUACCUUUUUGAUUUGCCAUACUGUAGUUAAUUGCUCUCCCGAUUUUGCUUGUUAAUAUUUAGUUUGAGGUUUAUGUAAAAAAUUCACUUUUCUUCUAUUUGUAAUUUGUGGUAGCUAUCGAUAGAAUCAAUUGUUCUAAUUCGUUUUCAUCGAUUUUUAUGUCAAACAGCACCAGACAGUUCUCCACGAAUAGGUGCCUCACGGGUUGCACAUAUUAUCAUUGAAAAGAACGACAAUGCCAAUGGAAUUGUUCAACUCUCAUCAAGUACUGUCAGUGUUCCUGAACCGUACACGGGAUCAGUUGUGAAUAUCACCAGAACUGCUGGGGCUUUUGGCACGGUAAGUGAUUUGAAUGUCCAUUUUUCACCAGAAAAUGUUUACCAUACAUUUCUCCUAAGUUUGAUUACGACAAGUGUCGCUUAUAUGUGUAUUGCUUACCUCUUUGCAGAUUUAUGUGUCCUUUGAAGUUGCUGCAUUGUCUGCUAAUGGCUCAGAUUACAGAAUUGAUACUAGGAACAUCACUUUGGUAGAAAGCCAGAAAGAGGUUGGGGUCCCUGUGUUUAUCAUUCACGAUCUUACCCCAGAAUUUAACGAGGUGUUCCAAAUCAAGCUAACUGGUGUUGCUGGUGGGGCUGUGCUGGGCACGCCUGUGGAGUGUACAGUUACUAUACUGGAAAAUGACUAUCCCUAUGGAUUGAUAGGUUAGUGAUAAUCGAGCGGUUUUCGAUUGAGUGCUGCAAAACCAGAUUCAAAGGAAUUACAACGGCCCAUCAAAUUGUCUCAAAAGGCCCGUGAGAAGUUGCAGUAGAACAAGUCAGAAUUGGUUUUAGUUUUCUAUCUUAAGCGAUUUUCAACAUUAUGCCAAAAGUAAUCCGGAAUAACUUUAGUUUUGUAUUUCUUCCCUUUGUGAUUUGUCCAGAAACUCUUCCCUACAGGGGUAAUUGGUCAAUAGAUUCUUAAAGCCCGGCUUCUAUAGGAGCGCCACGUUCAACCCAAAUGGGAUAAUCUUCGUGACGAUUUUUAUGGAAUUAAGGCCAAACGAUCGCUAGCGACUCAAACGAUCGGAACAAAGGCAUUCGUCCGUAGAGUUUGUGUUCAAGCUUAUGAUCACUCCGAUCUGUGCUAUCACAUGGAAAUCAAGUCUACGGCAAAGCCAUAAUCCUCGACCCAUUUACCAUAAACUAUUUAAUUUACAUCUUUUUAGGCUUUGAGAAUUCGUCAUUAUCAGUGUCAGUGAAAGAAAGAGACACUCCCAACCCAGUAACGCUUCAGGUAAUACGAACAUUUGGUCUCCGCGGAGGUUCUCGAGUUCACUGGAAGGCGCUUUUGAAUGGAGUGUUGGCAAUAGAUGACGUUGGGCCUGUUGAGGGAGACCUUGUAUUUGCCGAUGGAGAAAACAGGAAGGAAAUAACUUUCAGUAUUAAAUCGGAUGCCAUUCCUGAAAUUUCAGAGGUUUGAGUUCAGUUUUAUUAAAUUUUUUUUGGUAAAAUGUGGACCGGAGGAGGAGUCAUCUGGGAUGUGAUCAGGGAUGGGGUUGGAUUCCAUGAAGGAAUAAAGUUGUUGUGGAGACUUUUCUAGGCAUGUAAUGCGCGGGAACCUAUUCAAUCUCAGGCCUAACUGUUAAGUAAUAAGAAACGGUUAGGGCUUUAACCUGUUUCAUUUGCAGCGUCGUCUUUCGUUAAACUUACUUGUGAUUCAUUUUACCUAAACUUAAACUUAGAUCGAAGACAAUUUAAUUGAUAACAUCUAAAUCGAAAGCAAUAACUAGGCAGGCGAAUACUCCGCCCUUGUAUCUUUAAAUUGACUCUAGGUGAUUAACGGUCAGUACAAGGCGAAAACUAGAAUCGUAAUAAGAAUUACUUUUAUAAACCACAUACAAUUGGCCAGAGAGAUAGAUGAAAAAUGUUCAUGGUGCUUGUUCAAUAUCACCUUGUAAUAACGAUGUGAUCUGUUUGUGUUGGACAGAGACCACAUAAACUGGUCAAUGAUGCCCUUCAAAAACACAACCUUCAAAUUUAACAUUGACUCUGUAAUUUCCAUGAGCUCAACUUUAGCAAUGAGCGACCUCAUUUCUUAACUUCCUCGCAUCUUCUACAACCAAGGAGACGUUGCAUCUCUCCAUCUUUUCAUUUUCUUUUUCCUUUGAGCCUUUCAGUUUUUUCAGUUUGCUUUCUUUCUGCGUUUGCUUCUGAAACAUUUAUGCUGUUUUGACGUUUACUUUAUGCAAGUGUUUUGUAAAAUUUUACCUUAAUAGUUGUUUCAUUUGAUUUUUCAGUUUAUUUUCAGUUAAUUUGAUUUGAUUUUAAUUUGUUUUGUUUUUAUGUUGUUUUGAUCAUCUUCCCGAAGCCCUCGGACAACGGUUCCGUAACCGUAAGCAUGUUGAGAUAAAUAUAGUGUAAUUAAAUUUAAAAUUAAGUAAUAUUUAAAUCAUUUUAACAGGAAUAAAUUAAAACUUAAUGUUACUGAACGACAUGUUAAAAGGCAGAAUUGGAAUAAUAAUCGUUCAUGGUAAUUAUUGAAAUAAAUAUACAGUGCUUAAAAAAAGUUUAGAGAACUUGCAACUGUUUGAGAUAAGUCAAAGUAAGCUUUGAUUGAUAAACAAAAUCAAUAGCUAAAAAUAAAUGCUCUAUCUGCAAGUUCAUAUUUUAAACGACAGGUUUUAAUUGGCUUUUUUCAAAUACAGUUAUCAUCCCAAGCGUUUAGUAGGAAUGCUUACGUAAACAAUAAUUAAGGAUAAUAAGAGGAUUUAUAACUACAGAUAGAAUUAACCAAACAUUAGGACAAGUGAUGUAAAGAAAGGUAAUGUUGUGAAAUCCCUAGAUGGUUCGAAGUUUUGAAUGUCUUGGAAAACCAUCGUUAUUGUGUCAUAAUCUGUAUUAUCUUUAAAAGGGCGAAGUUGUUAAAUAUAAUUUGUACCAUGUUAGUGAAUUGCUUAGGAUUUCAAAGCACGGAUUGUAUUUAAUGAUUUUGUGGUACAGGUAUUUCUCGUAAUGGUUAUUACCUGCAUAGUGUUUAUUAAAAAAAAAAGGCUGGUUGUUUAGUUUUAAUGCAGUGCAUGGAAAAAAGCAACAUGUGCAUUGUUUUGGUUACUCUAGGUUAUUGAUGUCAACUUGACGUCAGUGGAUUUUUUGUCUGAGGGGACCCCCUCACUGGACGAAGCUACUCGCGUUGCCAAAGUUCACAUAGAGCCUAAUGAUGCUCCCCACGGGGUGGUAGAGUUUGCUAAAUCUUCGCAUAAUGCUUCAGAGGGUAGCAGUGCGUUCCUGUUGGUCUUGAGACAAUUUGGUACUAGCGGUGACAUCCGAGUUUUCUACAGGUUUGUAUUGGAAUAUUACAGUUUUGUCAUAAUUACUACCAAAGCGACGUAACUAUCCAAACUCCGAUACAUAAUUCUCUCUUUAGCUGCCACAGGGUGAAAAUAAAUCUACCGUUGACUUAUCAUUUUAUCAGACAUUGGUCAGGAGCAUAGAUCCAAAAAAAAUUGAAUCUUCGCUGUAGAUUUGAAUCCUAGUGUUGCGAGCAGCCUAGCGAGCUAGGGCCACAUAUUAGGUUCAUUAUCUAACAAGCUUCCCACCUACUGCUGCCUUCCACAUGGACGAGAAUUUCAGUAACGAUCAAUUUUUCUUUUGAGAAUCUUUAGUGUCCUUGACGAUGGUAAUUUAUCGUUUUUAUUUUAACAGUACCGUAGAACACGUCGGAGGCACUCAAGCCAGGCCAAAUGUUGACUACAUUGCCGUCACAAACAGUUCUAUCGUAAUCCCCAGUGGAAAUGACUCGGAAAAUAUCAACAUCACAAUCCCUGAUGACAUCCAACCCGAGCUAGGAGAAAUUUUUGACGUGGUGUUAGAGCACGUGGAAUUAGUUGGGCAACCGUCCCCAGUCCUUCCACCCCAAUUGGGUGGAAUCAAGAGAGUUGCAGUAACAAUCGUGAUGAGUGACGACGCUCAUGGUUUAAUAUUCAUUAAAGCUCCCACUUCAGACCAGGGAACUGAAGGUAGCCGCUUGACAGUGAACGAAACUGAAAACUUACCGAUUCGUUUGGUGAUUGAAAGGCUCAAAGGUAAUGAUGGGCCCUUCCUUCAAUAUUGUUGUUGUUUUUGUUGUCGUUUUUUUUGCCCAAAUGUUUGAUUUAAGCCAGUUGUUGGUCAGAUUCUACAAUCGUGAGACCCUUUUGCGAUUGAUGGAACACGAACAGUACUUUGCUUUCCUUGUUCUCUCAGUACCCUUUCUUGGAAACGGGAAAGGGGCGGAGGUGUUUAUUCGAGGGGAGAGGGCACACAGGAGGAGUGCUUUUGUCAGGAAAGGCGGUAAUUUAAUUUCAGAUUUUUUUUUGUGUGUGACACACAUUUUUUUUAUCUUCAGGCACCAUCGGCCAGGUUACUGUCAAAGUUGAGGUGCAGCAGAAUGAUGCGACGGCCGGCAGUGAUUUUAUAGCAAAUCAACCCAUAUUUACUUUUGCUGACAAAGAUAACACCAGCCAGAACUAUCUGUUGACCAUCAAAGAUGAUGAUAUUCCGGAGACUGACGAAGAAUUUGUUAUCAAGCUUGUGAAUCCCGCUGGAGGUGCCAGAGUGGCUCCUGGCCUGGGGAACAAUGUGACUAUCAUUAUACAAGCAAACGAUGGUGUUGCAGGGCAAGUGGGAUUCGAUGAACAGUCUAGAUCGGUUGUGGCCAUGGAAGGAAGGCGAGUGCCCUUGUUGGUAAACAGGACUCGACCAAAUGGACGUGUAUCAGUGGAUUGGCUCAUUACUGGGGCAAACGCUUCAUCCGAUUUUACAGAUGUCAGUGGCACUGUCGUGUUCAGCGAGGUAUAAGCUUUCAAGAUUUUUUUACGUGUUUCCAAUCUGGUCCCGAUUUUCUAGAUAUUGUCGGGAAGUGGUCUUUUUACAUUGUAUGAGAAUAAAUAUAUUUUUCCUUGUAUGAAAAUAAAUGUUAAAGAUUGUUUUGAUGGCACUCAAUGACCCAAACUAACCAUGCCUUGAAGGCUGCAAGUUGAUUGAGACAUUCCAGUAACUUCUCGCCUUCUUGUUUCUGUCUUAGUGGCUGUGACUCGAUCUCCUCUGAGGACUGAGGUCUGUCCUCCUUUGUAGUUACUUUUACGGUACCUACCGUCAGGUACUUUUGAAUGAGGCUGCCUGAAAAAUUUUGAUUUAGUCGAGGAACCGAGUCAAUGCAGCAGACCCGAGUGUGGUUUGAACGAACCUUGUUACUUGCUUUUUUCUAGGUUUGCUUAAUUCGCUUGGUUCGUUUCUCUCCAACUUCCCUCCCCUCCCCUCUCCUCCCCUCCCCCCCUGCUGUUUGAAGAAGUAUUCAUUUUACACCUCGAUUUGUUAGUGUUGUGUUAGCUGGUGCCUAGAGAAGGCCCGUGGCUGUAUUGCCAUGGGGCCCUCCUGGCAGUUGAGGAGAUUGCUUUCUUUACGACACCUACCCUCUAUUACCAUUGACGAAGCGUUUUAAUGUGGUGUUUUGAUGUUUAUUUGUAGGGUGAAAAGCAGAAAACAAUAGACUUAACAGUCCGCAAUGACAGCACCCCAGAAACAAACGAGGUGUUUGUGGUUCAGCUCAGCAAUAUUCAGACCUUUGGUAUCGCUUCCACCGGCAAAGCCAGUCUUAUUCCUGGGAAAACAACUGCAACAAUUAGCAUAAGUGCUAGUAACAGACCCCAUGGCGUUAUCGAACUUGAAGCGGGUUCACGGUUUGUAUCUCGAUCGGACGAACGGAACUUCACAUUGACAAUAUCCAGGCUGUUCGGGGAUAUUGGUAAGUAGGAAAUCUGUGGAUGCCAUUUACUCCUCAGCCCUGUUUACAAUAACCCAUGAGGAAUUUGCUAGUGUUUUCACAGCUCCAUCCUAACACGGAGUGGGUUUGGUGGACUUGGGAAUGUUAAACAUUUUGAUUUGUCUUGUGCUACUUUUCCCUCAGGUGAUGUAAGAGUUUAUUAUGAAGAAGUGCAGGGAAACAUCACAGUACUACAGUCGGACCAGCGUUUAGCGUUAUCCGGAGAGGACUUUGUUUCUGGGAGAAGAAGUAUUGUUAUCGGCGACGGUGAAGAUGUUGGCUCCAUUCCUGUAUGGGUCAAGGAUGAUGAGAUCCCAGAGCUUGGCGAAGUGUUUUUGGUAAACAUCACAGAAGUUGAGUUGGUGAACCCGUCGCUGUGGAACAACACCAUUCCACCAAGUCUGGGACAUCAUCAUGUUUCUGAGAUCAGUCUAUUACCUAACGAUGAUCCGCAUGGCGUGUUUAGAUUUCCCAACCAAAGGUAACAGAGUGACUGUAAGGAUUGAGCUUUUGAACGUUGUUCUUUUUUUAAAUAUACUUAUUGGUUUAAUAUGUUCAUAUUGCAGAGUUUACGUCACAGAGUCACGCAACCCCUACAGCCUCACUGUGCUGCGUGACAAAGGGACUUUUGGUGAAGUUCAAGUGAACUAUUUUGUGCAAACGAUAUCCGCUAGUUUGAAUGACUUCAAUAUAACAGGUUGGAGUGGCCCGGAGGUCACCCUAGUUUUUCCCAAUGGAGUUAGUGAACAGAACAUCACAAUUUACGUGGCUGAUGAUACUAAAUCUGAAGGGGAAGAAACUCUUAAAAUAGGCCUGACUCGAAACACAGGAGACACAAAAAUUGGAAAUCCUUCUAUACUUGAUGUUGUUAUUAUAGCAAAUGAUGAUGCGUAUGGAUUGUUUAGCCUCGCGUCGUCGUCGCUUACGAUCUCUGAACCUGGCACAGGGCCUGUUACCGAAGCUGAAUUUGAAAUUGAUCGUAGUGGCAACACCUUCGGAACUGUGAUUGUUUCUUGGGAAAUCCUCAAUGUGUCUGCAUCAUCAGAUUUGUCUGCAGUGAGAGGAAAUGUCACCUUUAAUGCUGGAGAUAGGCGGAAGACGUUUAAAAUCAAGGCGUUGCUUGAUUCUGUACCAGAAAAGGAGGAAACUUUUGUUGUGAAGCUGACUCUGCCGGGUGAGUUGGUUAUGUAUCUGAAGAAUGGAAAUGUGCAAUUAUGUUUAAAUACUGAAGUGUUCCGGCUGUUGUUGUCAAUGGUUUGAUUUUAUUGACAUACUGAGAGCAAGUGGUGUUCAUGCAUACCAUAAGCAUUGCAUAAACUUAUCCUAACCCAAAAAUUCCUCAGUAUAUCCUUUCUCUGACAUGUCAUAGACAUAUCCUGAACGAUCCUGGCAAACCAACUAAAAGAUGGCUCAAGACGUUUCUCUCAAACAUUUGUUUGCGUUACGCGCCUUUUGAAAAACUGCCAAUCAAAGUGCCGGGCAAAUAGAAAAGUACCAGUGAAGUUAGUGAUGUUUGUACAGCACUUUAAAAGAAACUAAUUUUUUUAAAUAUUUUUUUCCUAUACCAAAUAGGAAAUGGAAGGCUGGUGCAUCCAUUUGAAGCGCUGCUCACCAUUACAGAGAAUGACUCACCCUAUGGAGAACUUGAGAUAGUGUCUGGUGCUUCGAUGAGCAGUAGCGUCGACAUAGAAGAAGAUCAAGAUAUAGUGAAGGCGAAGAUCAUCCGCAGCAAGGGUGACUUCGGUAGAAUUACCUUAGACUACAUGACAGUGUCACAAACGGCUAGUUCAUUACCUGGGGAUGUGAUCCACUUCGAAAAAGUACAGCAGUUAAAGACCGUCGGUGCAUACAGUUGGCACGUAUUUUCCGCCUUUGGCGACGUGUAUGCUUUGCUUGCCAGUAUCAACAGAACUGGAUCCUUACCACCUGCGGUUGAUAAUAUCGGUAUGGGCGAAUACUUUGGUUCGGCUUUGUUCCGUUGGCAAGGCGUUCUUGUUCCUGUGCUGGUAAGUUCAGUCUCGUUACGUUCCCGUUAAGAGCUUCAAUAACUACAAUUAAAAAAAUAACGAUAUAUCACUUCAUCUUUCAUGAGUGCUCCCUCCUAAGCUAGAGUUUAAAAAAAAGUUUGAAUGUAGAAAGAUCGUAGAAAUCUCUCCGUUACUGUAAUGGUCAGCCUUUUCGCCUCUUUGUUCGAGCGUUUGUUCCAAGUUAAUUUUUAUUACCAUGAUUUGAAAGAGAAAAGUAAAGUUGGUGUAUUUGAGACACAAUUUAUGUUUUGGAGUUUAUGAGAAUCAUGGUUGGCAAGUUCAGCUGGAAGGCCAUCCUUUGUUCAAAAGAAGUUCAAAUCAGUGAAAAAGUUUUCUUCAUAUGUUAUUUUUUAGGGCAUUGCUACUGAUGGUGCUGUGGCCUGGGACUCUCUCUUGGUUGGAGACAAAGUUUACCUAGCAGUCGCCAAUCACGGGAGCAAGGGACGGUACGAGACUCACUCUAGAAUUUACUCCAUGGAUAGCACUACAAAGCUGACUGUUAUCCAGGACAUCUCUACACAGGGAGCAUCAGACGUGAAGUUCUUCCGUCCACCGGGUGGAACAGACAUCUAUCUGAUCGUUGCAAACCAGAUGAAUAACGCUGGACAGUCUCGUAUUAGCUCACAGGUAAAAUCACUGCAAUCGCGAACAAAUUAUUUGUGAAAAUUUUAGCUCAACAUCUUCAAAUUUGUCUUGGUAUCCCUGUUCCCCUUUUAAUAUUAGUUUUUACCAGAAUGCAGCCUUCUGUGACAUUUUGUUGUGUGUUAACUUUGGACGUGGGUUUGGAGAGGCAAGAGCGACGAAUAGCAAAAUUUUCUAACCACCGAGGAUGGUUUUUCCUUACUCAGGUAUAUAAAUGGCAAAAUGGAUCGUUUGUUCUUCAUAAGGCCAACCUCGACAACACCCGCAGUGCUUCUGGCCUGGCGGUGUUUGAAAUUGAUGGAACUCUUAAAGUCGCCAUAGCUUUCUUCAAUGACACCUCAAAAUCCCAAAGUUUCCAAACUAGAUCUCCCAUUUAUGAAUGGAACACGAACUCAAACUCGGCUGUCUUGCUGCAAGAAAUCGACACCAACGGUCCCGUUGGAGUUGAGUAUUUUGAACACAAAGGACAGCAUUACUUGGUGUUUGCUAAUUCCAGAGCGUCCGUCGACGUAUACCGCUGGAAUGGUAACAGGUUCAUAAGCGAGCAGGCGCUUCCCGCGUCAGGUGUUCAGUCGGCCAAACCCUACUUAAUGCAAGGAAAUGGUGAGAGACGUACUAUUUGCAUCAUCCAAGGAUGCCAUUUUAUUGUUUCUUUUUCCGGUUGUUGCUACCUUUACUGUUCCUCUUGAGGAUUUCUGAAAUAUUUCUCUUUCGUUUUCAGCCUAUCUUGUCACAGUUGAGACUGGUGAGGUGUUGAACGUCUACCUGUGGAAUGAUUCGUCCAAGUUCACUUUUCAGAUGGUCGGUAUUUGAUUGAUGAAUUUGCUAUUUACUCCGAAAGUUCUUUCUUCUCGAAGGAAGUCGUCUGUUUUUGAAAGUCACAAUUGGGCAGAACAUGUUUCGUAAAAUUCAAGAAACUUUAGAGGAAAUGUCAAAUACUAGUGAAAACGGCCGGCAGGACGCAUCGUUUUGUCUCGGCCAUGGUACCUUUCGAAUUUUAACAAAACUCAAUGAGCAUCGCGCAUAUCGUCCAGUUUACAAUUCAAGAAUUUCAUUUUCAGUUUUCAGUGUCUUUAAUACGCUGCGUCUGUCAAACUGCAACGUUUAAUUAUUUAAUGUUAACUAAUGUUUUUUUUUUCAGAACACUACCCUUGCGCAUGCUCAGAGUGCCACCCCUAUGGUCAUGAAUGAUCCAGUGGCUGGAGAUAUACCUAUGUACGCUGUGGCAGUGUCUGGGAAUGGAUUGUCUCCUCUUCUCCACCCUGAAAGAUUAUCUUCACAAGCUGACUUCAUUCCAAGGUAUUAUUCCACCACGAACGUUUCUCUGUCCGUCAUAUGAAACGGCGUUUUUUUUUAUAAUAAAGCAAGAGCGAGGGAGCGAGAAGCAAACGCACGCGAACGAUGGCGGAGUGGAGAAAAAUGAUGAAGACAUUUCCUUACUCGUAAUUUCGUUUGUUUUUUCUUUAUCCACUCGGCUUCCUCGCGUUUACGUUUGUGAAACCCCUCGUUGCUUUUUAUUUGUUGCUUAUUUGUCGACGAUCUCAGAGAGAAUAGAAGUUAAAUGAAAAAAAAUCACCUAAAACUUAAAGGAAUUUCCGAGGAUCAAUUCGUCUUUUGUCAUCUUAUCAACAAUUCAAAUUUAAUUCAUGUUGUUUCUGUUAUUAUGAUCAGAAUCUGUAGUUCUUACCAAGGUAUAUGUUCAACUCAAUCUACAUGGCAUUCUGAAAUAGUUAAAUGUUUUUGAGGCUUUUAGGUUCGUGUGACGGAAUCGCAUCUACAUUAUUAUUUCAACUAGUUUCUUCACUGUAAAAAACUGUGCGGCUCUGGUUUUUUUUUUUUAUUUAUUUUUUUUUAUAUAUACAAAGGUUUCAAUUAGGCGUUUUACUUCAUUCACCACUGGUUUUUCCCCUUUCAUUUAACCAGACAAGGACAGCUUAUUUUUGAAAAUGGACAAAGACAACUGGAGCUCGAUUUCACUAUUCUACCUGAUGCCACCCCUGAGAGGGACGAAGCCUUCACCGUCCGCAUUUACAAUGCGUCGGGAAAAGCGAUUGUCAACAGUCAGAAGCAAGAUUUAACCAUCAACAUUUUAUCCAAUGACGGUGCAUUUGGGCGAAUAGGCUUUGCUGCCGACUCGCUCAAUAGAGUUCAACCAGAAACAGGUUAUGAUUCCGUGGUUACUUUUGUAGUGAUCAGAGAGUAUGGAAGCCUUGGGCGUGUUGUGGCACAGUGGAAUGUUUCCGGGAAUUUCAGUGACGGAGAUCUGAGUCCUUUGUCUGGAGAGCUUGUGUUUGAAGAUGGCCAAGUCAGUCAAAAUAUAUCAAUAACUGUCCACAAGGACGCGGUACCAGAGCUUUUGGAAGUUGCUUAUGUCAGGUAAGGGCCUCCUCCUAUGAAGCUGUUAAGCGGGAGAAUGCUGUCGUCUCUUCAAAUAUCCCGGCUACCUACCUGCUUUUUUCGUCCCGUUUACCGGAAUCUGGAACGUGGUAGCGGGGCUGGCCAGCCUCGUCAUCUUUGAAAUUUAAACUUUUUGUGAAGGAACAAAACGUAGUUGAUACCAGAUCAGUUGGUUGAAAACCUUCACUUCUGGCUUUCAAUACCUAUUUGCAUAUCUGUUUUUUCCUCUACUUGGGUUUUUUUUAAAAUUUGAUUUUUAUUUUGUUAUUGUUUGUUUGUUUGUUUGUUUUUUAACCCGGACUAGUUUAUUUCCUAUUGAUCUCUGAUCUUGACAUCUCCUGUUUACUCUUUUAGACUCCUCCGCCUCACAGAAACAGGGUCAUUAGAUGCAAACCGUGGUGCAGUUCUGAACUCUGCUCGAGUAGUCGCCAUGUUGGUCAUCCCUGCUAAUGAUGACCCAUACGGUGUGAUCGGGUGGAAAAACGCUCUUCUCAUUUCUCAAGAAGACGGUCCCAAGAACAUUACCUUAUCUGUCGACAUCAUGCGAUGGUUUGGCGCUAUAGGAGACAUUUUGGUGUCGUACGAAACUGUUCAGCUUCCCAGUGUGAAAUAUAGCGACGAUCGAGUGGCUUUAGCUGGUGUUGAUUUCAAAGCAAUGAGCCAUACUGUGGAAAUUCCAGCUGGACGAAACUCCACGCAAAUAACUCUGGAUAUAGCGCAUGUAAGUUAAGGAAGCUUUGUAAGUUGCUUAAAGGGUGGUUAGUUUAAGCUCGCUACACAUUAAGCGGAAAUUCGCUUCGAAAAUUCGUUGCGAUAAACUGCUUCAAAACAUUUUUUCCCGUUGCGAUAAACAAUAUCGAAUUGUGCGACGACACAACGAUUUUUUAUGAGAGCAUUAGGAAGAAUACAUUCCUUGUUACAGUUAUGUGACCUGUUUUGUUUUGUCUUUUAGUACAACGAAACAAUGUUAAACAGCAUCUUCCAUGUGAACAUUACCGCUGUAACACUGAAGCAAAGUGUUUUGGUUAUGAAUUCUCCUCGUGUCGAUCAGAACUCUCGUUUACUGGAAGUCGUGAUUGCCCAACCCAACCGAACAGUAGGGGAACUCAACUUUGACCUCAGUGCUCUGCUUGACCCUGCUACAAAGGCCAUCCAGUUAGAAGAGGGAGUGGAGAUGUUAAACAUCACAGUACAGAGAACAGGAGGUUCUUCAGGGAUUGUAGGCUUCCGUUUCAUCGCUCGUCCUUUCAGCUCAAGCUUAUACACUGCUGCCGAUAGUGCGGAUUUCUCUCCAAGCGAGGGAACUGUCAUGCUUGCUUCAGGAGAAACACGUGCCGUUUUAAGAAUAAAUAUCACCGAUGAUAAUGUUCCUGAGAUUGAAGAGGGUUUUUUCGUUCAGAUUAGUCGUCCAAAAGGAGGUGUCAUGAUUGGUGGAGUCAGCAAGGUGGAUGUCAUUAUCAAGCCCAACGAUGAUCCAUAUGGACUUUUUGGGUACGCUGAGUAUUAAUUUGACGAGAGGAAGCAUUGAUCAUUAUUACAUUGAGUACCUUUCUUUGCAGGGGAAUUAGUUGAGAGAAAUUUUAUAUGCUCGGUAUUUUCAAGCGGAAAGGCGCAGGCUUAGCUACAACAGCGGUUUUAACCAGAAGAUUAUUUAUAAAAUUGUGAAAGAUGCUUUCUCUCUCUUGAUGAUUUUCAUUUAUUCUUUUUUGGUCCUAACAAAAAGCUUUGUUCUUCGUUGAUUUGGUCUUUACUGAAUUAAUAAACUUUUAGAAAAGUUCGUACUAAUGUUACGUAUUAAAACCCAUCUUUGAUCUUCAGCUUCACAAAAGCAACUUCCGAAAAUAUCAACAUUGUACAGGAAGGAUCCAUUUUGCAGCUUGCAGUUAUCAGGGAAGCUGGUGCUUUUGGAGACGUGCACGUCAUCUGGAGACUCACGCCUAACGCCGGAAUUGUCAAUGCGAGCACGCAGAUCUCUCCAAUGAAUGGCUCACUUACUUUUAAACAGGUGGAUAUUUGCCGACAGUUCCAAUGACUCUUAUUAGAACUUGAGUUGAUCUUUAGUAAUCUUAUGAUUAUCUUUUCAUCUUUUCCCGCUGUUUUCGUAACUCUUGAUCUGCAUGUAUAGAUAUUUUUGAAACGAAGGAUUUUCUCUAUUGUUUGGCCAGUAGGCCUACAGGCCUUACCGACCUCCUAUUUAUCGUUGACAUGAUUUUUUUUUGGUUGGUUUGUUUGUUUUUACCGCAUGUGUUAAGUUGAUAUAAGUUUUACACAUAAAUAAAAACGAUUAUGUCUGUGAUUUAUAAAAGAAGUCUUGAAGUCGACCCUAAAAGCAAUAAGUUUUCAGUAACAGUUGAUCAGCACAAUCCUACGGGAGAAUUACUCGUUUCAGAUAAAAUUUUCUUCAUGGUGGCCAAAAAAAUCUAAUCAUGCAAAACAAUGCAAGGAACAGGAACAAACAAAACAAACAAACAAACAGACAAGUAGUAACGCCAUGAUUAUGUCAAUGUUUUCAGGGAGUCACAUCUCAGUUCAUCACGCUCCGUGCACGUGAUGAUAUGAUAGCAGAGGUGGGUCAGACGUUCACAUGUGAAUUGGUCAGCGUCGACAAUGGCGGGAAACUGGACUCAACUCUGAGUCAAUCCAGAGUUCAUAUCCCAGCGAACGACGAAGUGGAAGGAAUUGUGUCGAUUGACUCGUCAACAAGAUUUAUAAUAGCAGGAGAACCAAUGCUGAAUCAUGGUGGAGUGUUUGUAGUACGGUUAGUACGCUUGACGCUAACAUCCUCUUUUAUCUCUAAAUACCCCUUUCUAACCGAUUUUAAGGUGUGUACCAUGGUAAGGACUGAGUUUAAAGGUGAACCCUUUAUAACUUAACAUCAAUAUGUAUAUUCUCUAUACUAUUCCGAACAUUUCCAUCGUGCUGACUUGGAAAACUUGAUAAACCAUCAAGAGCUUCUUUAGUUGGCGAUCCGUGCCUUUAUUCACGUGACCUUAAAGUUUGUUUCAGAGAUGAUGCUGUAAGGAGAAAUAAGUUGUUGGUCAUUCCGUGGGGUUAAAGCAUUGAUAGCUGGUCCAAUUUGAUGAGCUGCCUUAUGUGAUUGUAACAAAGGUAGUGUUUUACUUACUCUGUGCAUUUUCUAACAUGCUCUGUUACGUUUAUCGUUUAGGUUGCUCCGUCGAAUUGGUCAGUCUGGCAAAGCUCAGGUCACGUGGUCGAUCACUGCUAAUUCGCCUGGUGACGCUCCUAGUCCUGCUAGCACUUUUAACGUGACGUCCGGUACUGUUGAAAUGCCAGAUGGCAUGACAAUGGUCAUGCUUCCUAUUAUGGUGAGCAAACCAAGAAAAUGUCAUGUUUUGUCGUGCAUCCUCCAUAUUCAUCUGCUAAUUUUUUUCUGCAAACGCACGCGAGAAACGACCUUCCGUAUUGUAUCAACUAGUUAAUGUUGUUGUUGGUCUGAAUAGAGUUUGUCGAUAAUAAAAUAAACUUCAUUACACUUUUAUCAUAACUACUUUUAAGUUAGAAAUCAAGGAAGAGUUUCCUUAUUAAGAAGUUAUACCGGAAGUUUGCGACACACCAGUGGACUGGAUGAAUUCGAUUUGAUAACUACGUUUUUUCUGGUUUUGAAACUAGUAAUGUUUCUUAUUUUAGUUUCUUCUUUACCUAAUUGUAAGUUUGUGUACAGCCAAGUAAAAGACAAACGUAAAUACAAAGAUAAGACCAGAAAGUUGUCACACAUAAACAUACAAAUGGAGAGUGUAAACAGCUCGAUUGAACACAUACCCAUGAAGUAUUUGCACGAUCUAAUAACCUUCAUCGAAGAUGCAUGAAAUAUGAUUUCAUUGAUGGUAUCCACUUGAAUAGGUAAAGGACGAUUCUACACCAGAAGAGCUAGCCGUGUAUAAUUUUGCCCUGACUGGCUCUAGACAGACAAGCCUCGAUCCUUCGCAGAGUGCGCGCAGGGCACAGAUUACUGUAGUUGCUAGCGACGAUCCAUAUGGAAUCAUCGAGUUUCAGUCGGCUUCAAUGCGAAAUGUCAGCGAAGAUGUUGGCUUUGUCAAUCUUACUGUCGUAAGAAAUGGCGGUAGCAUUGGCGAGUUGUCGGUUAACUAUAGCGUUUCGUCGACCACUGCCACCAAAGGAAGUGAUUAUGACUCGUUUGGAAAUGGUAUGUGAAAAUAUCUUUGUUGGUUUUGCUCAUGGUGGUGGAAAUGACGAAAAGCAUGAACUCAUAUGUUCGUGGAAACAGUUCAACGUUUACUCUUUUGAUAACAGUUGACACGAAACCUCCCAUUUGAUAAGACAAUGCAGCAAACGUUUGACUAACAUUGCCCAGUAGCUUUUGAAUGCUGCAGACUUGUCUUGUGCAAGACGAGCCGUCUCUAUUUCCCUCUGAAGAAUGUGUGCGCUGAUUGAAAACCGAUAAUUCGGUCUUAUCGAAAUGUCGUUUUUCUGUAAUUGAUUCUUUAGUCCUUUUAGGCCAGUCAAGUAUUCCCGAGCUAUAAUUCUUAAGAGAGGGGGCUUUUAAAUUGUUUGUAUUUUUUCUGAGUUUUAAGUUAAAACCUUUUUUUCAGUGCUCAAGUUCGCUGAUAAAGAAGACCAAAAGACUAUUCACGUUCACAUCAAGAAGGACAAUAAACCUGAACUCGCCGAAACUGUCACAGUUGAGCUGCUUAGUGUAAAACUUGUUUCUGGGUCGCCCAAGAAUUACAGCUCUGUCGAUGGAUUGCCUCUAAACACAGCACCAAGGAUCAGCCCAGCUAAAGACAAGGUCCUGAUUGUUAUUGCUGAGAAUGACGACGCUCGUGGAAAAAUACGCUUCACACAGAGUUCUCAACUGGUGCGGGAAAAGAGUGGAGCUGCGGUAUUGGAAGUCGUUAGAGAAGGUAAAUUAAGAUCAAAGACUGGUUUCAUGUUUGAAUUUAAAUUAAAAUCGAACUUUAGCAGGGUAAUUUGGUCGACUUACGUUUUUAAUUUUUCUCUCAUGAAGGUGGUAGCCUCGGAGCUGUAGAAGUCUCAUUUUCAAUCAGGAACGGAACUGCCUUCCUCGGUGAGGAUUUCAAGGAAGAAGGAGGCAUUGCUCGACUCUCUGACGGGCAAACAUCGGCAUUCAUAAACGUAACAAUCAUCGACGAUGCUGUCCCAGAGCAGCGUGACUACUUCACUGUCACGCUAGACUCCGUGACGAGUGGCGCCAAGUUAGAAUCUCCGACGACUGUGACUGUUACCAUAGAAACGAGUGACGACCCUGGCGGACUGUUCGGCUUUGUAAAUAGUUCUGAGCUUUCACUUGUUAAUCCGAGCAAGUCCAAAGAUCUGAAUUUUGUUAUUCAGCGAGAAGGUGGAGCCGAGGGAGAGGUGGAGGUGAGUGAAUCCAUGAUCGGAAAGCUAACCUUUCUAAAUGAUUACCGUCCAAAUAGUCGGUGGUUAGCUGUAAGAAUUUUGGUUUUGAAUCUAACCAAGAGAAAAUGGGGGAAAGAGGAGAAGGAUCCUGGCCUCUCACUUGAGAUUUUUUUUUAUUCCGUCUAAAUUCCAUAUAGAUAGUCUUUCGAAAGGAAGAUUAUUCUCGGAGAUGACUAAAUCAAAACUAAACUCAAAUUGUUUUCUUAAAAAACAGGUUUUGCUUAUUCAUCUUGGUGAAAAUACUUGUAACGCAGUGUAGUCGUUUGUGUUACGAUGUGGAUUGGGAAGUUUUGAAUUGCAUACUGCGAGUCUUCUUCAGGUCGUAAGGUCCACUGGAUAUGUCUAACAUUUUGAACCUUCAUGCUCAGCUUUGAGAAUAAUCGGCAUCGGAAAUGACUACAAUCACUACUUCACUACAUCAAGAACCAAACCUUUCAUUAAAGGUAAACUCGAGUUAAUUUUUUUUAUGCUCUAGGUGAGCUGGAAGGUGAUUAGAAUCCACCCCGCGUGCGUUUCUUGUUCAGUGCGCGACGACUUUGAAGGGCCUACCGAUGGAUCCAGUGUGUUUCCUGACAAUGCUGUAGGAGCUGUGCGGACUGUCAAACUUCGUGUGAGACCUUACUUGGGUGAGAUUACAGUUACAUAAAAUACCAGUAUUUAAAUAUAGGAAAGGAACCGAUUUUUCUAAAGGCAGGAACGGAAUCAACGAUAUAGCUUUUCAUAUCUUUCCUCGAUUUCCGUUCUGCAGACUAAUGGUUUAUGGGUUGAGUGUUAUACGAACUGAGUCACCGAGCUCGAAGGUAUAAAAAUUCUGAGCUCGGAGGCAUAAAAAGGCCCUUUUUCUUUCUUUUUAUUUUAAAUUCCGAGAAGGAAUUUGAUCGAAAAAACACUGUGUUCUUAACCUUUGAAUGAGGUACAAGUGUCAAACUGAUCUUCACGUGUGAUCUAGGAUUUUAGUCACGGUAAAGGUUCUUGGUUAGCUUAAUAGUCUUUUGAAUAGCCUUACAUAUACAUAUGAGGCCCUUCACUCUUUCAGGUUUUGUACGGAUAGAUAUUGAGAAAUUUUCGAGACUUCAGUCAAGGAUCAUAACAAGCGUCCUAUGUUAAAGUAUUUCCCAAGAAAGACUAGAAAAGCUAGCACUUUUGAUGAAAAUUACACCUUUCGUUUCGCUGAUGUUUUGUUUUGUUAAUGUCUCAGGUUUUGACGAACCUGAGGAGCGGUUCAUUUUAUCAAUCUACAAAGUGUCUGGUAAUGGAACAAUUGACGGCUUGACAUCAAACAUCACCAUUAUCAUUGCCAAACAUGGUUUCCCAAAUGGAGUGUUCGCAUUUCAGAGCACUGCUACUCGGACUUUCGAUGAGCCAACGAGUGGAGUUGAAACUCAUCAGUUUACAGUCGAGAGAACGAACGGCACUCAAGGAACAGUUAAUGUGAGUAUUAUAUGUAAAGUUUAGAGCCAUUGUCGAUGGGUAGUCGAGAAUUAUUCGGAAUUGCUUGUGCUUCCAGCUUGACCAUAAAUCGCUGGCAUUUCAAGGUGUUAAUGUUCAUUUAUCUGGAAGAAAAAUUAUGCUUACAGGAUUGGUUUCUUCAAACCGUAUUUGGGUGGCCUUUAAUUCCAUUUGGAGCGAAUUUCUUGCAACAACAACUUAAAGUAACGCAAACAAGGAAAAUUGGAGUUAAUGGGAGCCCAAACAAAGAACAAGAUAACAGCUUUAAGUGCUGGAAAACCCAAAUGACCUUGGUUUUAGUUUGUGCGUUUGAUUUUCGAGGGAGUUGUGCGAGUUUUCCAAACCAAUUGUAGAGAGACGCAAGGGAAAGCUAAAACAUUCGCAGUUAACGUUUGAUACUACUUUCAGAGCCACCAGCAGGUUUCGGGAAAACAUUUCAAUCUUUUAUAAAUUUGAGGGUUAAUUGUCAAAGGCAAAGUCGAUUUUGCGGGUAAUUAUGCAGGAUUAUGCAACUUUUAGACCAACCAAAGUGUGGAAUCGUGGUUUUGUUUUCUUGAUAUGUGCUUUUAAAGUAAUCUAACACUCAGCACACUCGCUCAAGCACAAUCCUUUUUAACAGGUCUUGUGGCAGGUAACCAGUCCAAUAGGUUCUCCGCGGUCACGUGACUUAUCAAGCACUUCUGGUACAGUGAUCUUCAAUUCUGGGGUUUUCUUGAAGAACAUUUUUGUUGAAAUCAAAGCAGAUGACGUUCCUGAGCUGGAAGCUGUUUAUACACUAUCGAUACUGUCUGUAGAUGGAGGUGCAGAUCUUAGCUCGUCAGCCAGCAAUGUCACAUUCAAGAUAAGGUUAGUAGGCAUUGUUUCGUCUUUUUUAUUUUUGAAACUCUUUUGUUGUUUUUGUCUGGAUCACUGGCAUUGUGUUAUAGUAAUGUAUGGCACUUUGAUUCUGUUAAAUAUAGUGUUCUUGUGAUUAUUGCCAUUCUAGGCCAAACGAUGAUCCUCAUGGAAUUUUCAAGCUUCAACCAGGUGCGCAAAAGAUUCAGGUCUCCGGAAACAGUCGGGAGUUGCAGUUUUCUGUGAUGCGCGAUAAGGGGACGUUUGGUGCUGUUGAUGUACAGUACGAGGUGCGGCACUCUGAUGGCUACCCUUCGGACGUACAAGGAAGUGUGACGGUUCCCGAUAAGCAGAGCCAGGUAACGAGCAAAAAUCAAUAGAAUUUCUUUUUUUCGCGAGUCUGUUCCCAAGAAUGGCAAGUGCUUCACUGGUAUUUCUAGCACGUUUUGACGUCUUUUGUGAUCAUUGUUGUCAAAUGACACAAGAGAAAAUGGAAUCUAUCUGUCUUAUAAUGAACUUAAUGAACUUGAUUUUGGCUUCGUUGUGCUCGUGUGUCAAAGUGUUUUGAAAUUGCCAGGGACCUUUCUCGUCUCAAUUUUGGGUUUCAAUUUUCUAGGUUUGCUUAAACAUUUUUUUUUUGUCAUCUUAUUUGUUUUUCGAUAUUUGUGAAAGUAUCGUAAACAUUUCAAGCUAGUGAACUACCACGAAAAAAUUAUAAUAAUUAAAAAAUGAAUAAAUGAAAUGUUGUCAGCAGUGUACUACUGUGUGCUGAAGGAUCACAGGAAAUGACCAAUCGCAGAACGCAAAGGGUUAAGCUAAUUUCAUGAAUUGAACCUGAAAUUGCUAGGAAUGGCGCGGCGUUCAGAGAGCUCUCUUCUAACCAGUUAUGCACGUGUUCAGUUUUCGGGGCCUAAGUCGCGUGUGACUUGUGAUUUUAACGGUAAAUACUUUUGAAUUUUUCUUGGCUAUUAGGGUUCGGUAAGUGUUGCCUUGACAACCUUCUUGGCGCUGGGUUCCGCGUUUACUAUUAGACUGACUGGAGUUCGUUACAAUGAUAAUCAAGGUAAGUUGGUAGCCCUGCGUUGUGAUGCCUCUCCAAAAGUGAGAUUUGUCAUAGAAAUGAAUUAACGUUAUGUAUCUGUGUCUGUUCAGUUCCAGCCACUUCAAUCACCCCUAAGCUAUCAAGCAGCUUGCCAAAUGACAUUAAUGAGACAGUUGUGGUGCCAGAAAAUGCAGCCAAUGCUGUGUUCAAGUUUGCUGAUGAAUCUUUGAGACUGACUGUGGAUGCAGGUCCGUUAACAAACAUUUCUUUGUUUUGCGCAAUUGUAGUAUAGCUUCUCAGAUGAACCUAAUGGAUCCCUUUAUAAGUAGGCUUCAAAGGGUUUCGUUACAGGUUUUUUAGUCGAUUCAGCUGCAAGGAAAUUGCAUAAUAUUAGCAUUGUUUAAUAAUGAAGCACUAAGGUGACUGUAGAGUCUAAGGGUUGAGAGGACUGAGACAGAUUGCAAAACACCUAAUUGAAAAGUCCACCGAGGUAAAUUUACAGCAGCGACGUUGGUCUUCUUGUGAUAUUCGUGACUUGUGAUAUAUGGAAUGUGCGGAAUAGGGCACUAAGUUAAUGGGCCACGAACAUAUUUCUAAGAUUCUUGGAACACCUGAUACAACCCCGAUGUAACCAGCGCUUUCUGCAACGGAUCCCUAUGAUAGCGAAGCUCUGUUUUAACGCAUCGAUCACAAGGUUACAUUUUGGUCUUCUAGAUUUUCUCGUUUCGCGUUUCUGCUGUAUUUCAUUAACUAUUUAGUGAAUAGGAAUCAUAAUGCUUUACUCCUCUUUCCCCGUAGGUAACAGUGUACCGUCGAUCAAAGUGGUACGCACCGGUUUGUUUGGAAGUGCUGCAGUCAAUGUCAGUUCUGGAUUUCCGUUUAAAGCCUUUGAUGGUUUUGUGGCGGGAAAAGUGCUUCCAGCCAGCCAAUUAUUGUCAUUCACUGGAUCGAAAAAGGAGGAUUCGUUCUCGGUUCAGGUGAGUUUUCUUAAGGGCACUUGAGUGUGUCGUGUUACCUUUACAUCAUAACUGACUAAAGAAAAAAUAAGGAGUGGUAUUCUCUUACUGAAGGUAUUUACAAGCCGUUAUAGUUGGUGCCAGAGGGCUUAGGUUUUUAUAUCUUGUGUUGCAAGCGGUUUUUCUCGCACACGAUAGAGCAACCUUAAUUUUAUAUUCUCUUUCUCAUUCGUCUCCGGGCUUUGCCGUUCAACAUUUUUUUUUACUGUACAUCGUUUUGUUCCAAAUGAUUUUAUCUCAAAUUGUUUUAAAAUUUUUCACAACUGGAGUUUCAUAUGUCAGAGAGUAAGUCUUUUAUAGCUUUAAUUGGAAUUUUUGUCUCAUAUUUGCAAUCAGUUAGUUUGUAUCAUUCACUUUACUGAGGAGCGCUCUUCUUAGUGAAGGAAUUUAUAGCUUUUGUCACAUUGAUUAAUAUUUUCCUGUGAUUGUUGCUAGGUUUAUCCAGUGAUUGUCCCUGAUAAAAAGCUAAUUUAUUCCGUGUUCUUGGCCUUUGCGAAAACGCCAAGUGCUGUCCCAGGGGGCGCAACGGUCAUGGUUGGAGCCAGUCAGACAGCUUUCAUUGAGUACAGCGGAGUCGUCGAAGUUGCUCCUGAGUCACAACAUCUAGCAGCCACUGAAGGUGGAAAGGUAAACAUUUCUGUGGAAUAUUAUAACCCUUUGUGUUUCUACAUCGUAUUCGUUGUGACGUGUUGUUUACCGGCUGCUUUAACCCUUUCACUUCCAAGAUCUCGAUAGUUAUUCUCCUUGGUGUCUACCAAUUCUCAUGAUGUUUGUCCGGAGAGUCUGGUUUUGAUCAACCGAUAAUCGUAUAUUUGACAGUUUCCACUAUUCUCAUUACUUGUUACUGUGGUGAUUUUGUGAAGAGAAUCUCUGUCUUGGUCGUUUAUGGGAGUUAAAGAGUUAAACGUCUGUGUUCUGUGUCUGUUUCUCCGUGUUUCUAUAGAAAAAAUCUGUGCUGUUACAGGCUCUCUCUACUCUUGGGAGUAAGACUGAGAAUUGGCAAAUUGUCAGGGGGAAUCUCUCGAAAUUCUGAAGGGGGGGGGGAGGGAGGAGAGACUGAGGAGCCGAGGGGCCUCGGGUACUCCUAGUACUCAUAACGAUGGAGUAAUAGCCAUAUGUGUCGUGUUUGACUUUUCAAUUACUUUCUGUAGGUAACAUGCAGAGUUGUCCGUCAAUUUAGUGUGUUGGGCGCGAUUAAGGUGGAUUACACCUUCCAAGGUUCCUCGGGUAGUGUCAACAUGGCAAAUGGCGAGUACAGUAAAGAAUUUGAAGUCACCGUGGACGAUGGAAAUUCUGAUCCGCAGAAAGAUCGCACACUCUUUCUGAACUUAACUUCAGUGACUGGAAGUAUGUAUCUCUUUGCUAUCUUCAUGAAUUACCUUCGUUUAUGUUCAGAACAGUUACUUCCAGAAAAAUUUUCGAGGCUGAAUAAGCUUUCUUCUGUUCUCUUUUGAGGAAAACUCUCUUCUGUCUAGAGGGCGGUUUGUGUUUAAUUAUUUUGAAAGUGACAAUUGUGGGGUGGUAUUUAAUCGAAUUGACGAUGGACUGUGGUUUAUUAACAAGGGUAUAUUCAUUGGCAUGGAUACAUCAUCAUUCGCAAGAUACUGAGUUUGUAACUGUGAAGGCGUGCGUAACUAACGAAGUCACGCUCUGCCAGGUUGUGGAGGACCUCACUUUCAAUCUCUGACUUUUUCAGGCGGUUCACCGCGUCUGGGUGUGAACAGGACUGUGCGUAUAACAGUCAAAGACAAUGACGACCCUCAGGGAAUCUUCAGUUUCAGCAAUACUCGUAUAACAGUCCCAGAAAACGCGACCGGUGGUAAAUCUCGCAUGGUGGAGCUGGAAGUGCGUCGAACUAAGGGGACGUUUGGCGCUGUGUCUGUUCUUGUAAGGACUGUCGGGGGUGGGGAAGGUUGGAGCCCCACUUUGCAGUCGUUGAAAGAGGCCAUUGCAGCGAAAAAGGGAGAGAAGAACGCCACGGCUGGGCCGGAUUACGUGCCGCUCUCAACACGAGUAAACUUUCCUGUAAGAGUUUUUCCUUUUCAUGUUCUUGAGAGUUUGGUGAAAAUUAAGAGGCGGUGCUGUAGAUAGAGAAUUUAGGACGAAAAUGGUCUUCUUUCGUAUUGUCUUAUGUGACGUUUUGGUCAAAUUUUGUAGGAUCAAGACCCAAUACCAGCUAACGGACAAGUAAGAAAGGUACUACUGGAGUUAAAAGAUGAUGAACUGCCUGAACCGGAGGAACAGAUUUUGGUUUACUUGACAGAUGCCAGCGGUGGAGCUAGAGUUGCUACUGAUUCCGACAGUGGGCUACAGGUAUAGAGAAAACACAUCGCUGGUCAAGUCAUGUUUGGUGAUGAAUAAAAUUUGAUCUGUAUUUUAUUUUUGUUUAGUCUUGGGCCACAAUCACUAUCGAAGGCAAUGAUCUGAUGAACGGAGUGAUAGGAUUCGUGCCUGGAUCUCAGUCAGUAACUGUAGAUGAGGAUGGACCGAGGAGAUCAGCUACACUCAAAGUUCAAAGAUCGAAAGCCACGUUCGGUGAAGUUCAGGUAUGCAACUCUAAGUAUUUGAAAAGAAAGGUGUAACUCUAACUCUGUAGCGUUGACUGUGACUUGUAAGGGGAAGUUAUGCAAAUUUCUGUUGGAUAACAACACCUUCGUUUCUUUUUCUUGCUGUCCUUUUUGUCCUAUUUUUUCCAGGAAUUCUCUCUUACUAUCAACUCAACUUUUAUGGCUCAUUUUCCUAACUUUGAAGGAAUUAUUGAUGGUUACUAGUCUUCUUCUUUUCUUAGCUUUUUUAAUUUCUUGGCAAAAGGCAACUGUUUUUUCCUCUACUUCUAUACUCUACUAUUCUUUAUUUGCUUCUUGUCGUUAAGGCCUCUCUCUGUCAACCUGGUUGUCUUCCGGAUUCUUUAGUGGUAGGUAACCUCGGCUUUUCAUUUUUCCUGCUCCUGUUGUAAUUCCAUGACAUUUCCACGAACUCAUUCAAACUAUAAGCUAUCUUCAAGCAGUUUCUUUCCAUAAUAUGAUUGGAAAGAUUACAUAUUAAGAAUUCACAGCUUAAUUGACGUCUUUCGCUGCAAAUGUAGAGCUCUGAAGUUGAGCUAACGCUCGAAACGUCAGCUUUAAAAGCUCUCUACGGUGGCCAGUUUACAUUAUUAACUCAUUUGAUAGAAUCAAAUUAUCUCAUACACCCAACGGACGCGGUACCACAGUUUCUAUAGAAACGUACCCCUUGCACUCCGUUCUUGUUGGCUUUCCAAUUUUUCUUUUUCUUUUUUUCAAAUUCUUUAUCCCAAGCUACCUAACUAGAAAAUAACCUUCUCUUUAAAAAUAUUUUAAUGAUGUUUUUGGAUAUUAUCUUGCUAUCGUUGUUUUGUUUGUUGGAUUCUUGCGUUCUGUUUUCAGUUUCUUUGGGAAAUGCUACAAGAAUUAUUUGUCAUUAGAAGUUAGGAGCCGAAGGCUAUAUACCUUACUUAGCGCAACUGAUUUAUGAAAAACGAAUUUUGAUACUGGAAAUAAAAGUUGUAUGUUCUCUAGACCAUACUUAUUUGCAAUCGUAAUUUCUUGUGCUAAGGUUUCGUGGAGUGUUCGUGAAAGUGAGUUUCGUGACCAGGUCGAAGCGUCUGAAGGAAGAGUUAGAUUUGCCAGUGGUGUGCAGCAGCAAGAUCUUGUCAUCACUAUGAAAAAUGAUGCUGUAAGUAUUCCUUAAACGCAAGAUGUAUUGAUCAGUUGGCUGGCAGCCCCCCUCCCGCUCCAAAUGGUAUUGCGUAAAGCUACCCAUAAGUUUAUGAUGUAAUCGCAAUGUUUUCACUAAGAAACAUUGCAUUAACACAGCCGGGUAUAAAGUUGGAUAGUGACUACGAGUUGGUGAAAGGUUAAGUGUUCCAAGAGUUUUACGGUAGGUUGAAGAGAACUAGAUAUGGUCUUAUUUUUUUUUAAGCACUGCGCAAACGUUACGAAUAUGUUUUUCGGUAAUCCAAGAAGUAAUUUUAUCGCGAAGAAGUUUGGUGCAUAGCACUCUUCCCAUCCUUCCAGUGUUGUUUGCGAGGUUUUUUUUUCUCUGGAAUUAUUUCGAACGAGAUCUCCAUUGAUUUCUAGAUACCUGAGCGGGCCUCCAGCUUUCAUGUGGAUUUAAAUGAUAUUGUAAGUGGCAGCCAAGCGCGAAUUAAUCCUCAGUUCCGUUCUGCGGUAAUCAAUGUUCUGGAGAGUGACUACCCCAAUGGAACGGUCGCCUUCCACAAGGACACCGUGUAAGUUGUUCUCCCGUUAUUAUUUAUUUAGUUAUAUAUUUAUUUAAAUAUUAACAAAUCAGAUGUAGUUAUUCUCGUGUAAGACUAAUUUUUUCAUGAUGUUAUGCAAAACGAAGAAGGUUGGAGCAACUACAUCUGUAAAUGUAUGUUGUUGUUCCACUUUUGUUGUUGAUGCUGUUGCUGUUGCUGCUGCUGUUGCGUUAUAACAUUCCCAUGUAUAUCAGUUUGAUUAUAAUCAUGUCACACAAUGGUUUUUUGUUUGAUUGUCUUGAUCUGCACUAUCCAACUUUAACUAGAGGUUUGAGUUUCACUUGGCCUCACUGAGUGACAAAACCACAAAACCGCAAAACCACACAUCAAAUCACUUUGCGAUGUAAAUUAUUCUGAAACGGUCUCGUACGAUUACGAAUCAUAUCAUCGUUGAAAUUCCUUCUUUUUGUCUCUCUUAGCUACACAACUGUCGACAAGACUGCUACCGAAAUCUCUCUUCAGGUCAUCCGGAACCAUGGGAAAGACAAUGACGUUACUGUUUACUUCAAAACACGCGAUCUUCCUGAUAGAUUCACUUCAAAGCCAGGCCUGGAGACCUCCCAAGCAUUCGCUGGACAAGAUUACGUGAAGCCUACUGCCACUUCCAUAAGAUUUACAAAAGGAGAAGUAAGUUUGCUGGCUGAUCAAUUGUUUGUGACUGACCGUAUUUGCCAAAAAAAAAACAUGAUUAGUGAGACCUUGCUAAGCAAUGAUUUUUGCAUGUUUGUGCCAUAUACAAUACCUGAGAAAAAAAAAAAGAAAAAAAAAAAACCUUUGUCAGUCUCGAGUGUUUCCCGAGCAUAUAUUUUUCCUUUUCUCCGCAAUCGAAAGUGGUUUGUUUGAUUUUUACAAGUGACAAUCGAUUGAAGAUGGGAAGUUGGAAUCCAAUGCACAGAAUCAGCUUCACACCACUCGAGCCUCACUAAGAACAUUAUUGUCACUACUAGAGGGACAGGAAGAUGCCAACGUAAAGUGUAAAUUUUGUUUCUUUAUCAUAUCUUUUUAGUGGGGGCGCAGUGUAGCGUCAUUUUUUAGUUAAGGAGGAAGAGUAAACAAACCAUUUAUUGUUUUUCUUUAGACGUCGCGGCUGAUAACAAUUGCUUUAACCCCAAGAGAGGCUUCCCCCACCAAGUACCCAAAAGCCUUUGAGGUCGUAUUGCUCAACGCUACUGGAGGAGCAAAGUGAGUGGCCUGGUCAUGUGUUUUCAAAUGUUUAAAUUUAAUUAUCUAUUGAAUUGUCCAUUACAACAUUAAAGCAGGUUAGUCAUACUUAAUACAGAGAACAAUUUUUAAGGUGGCUCUGUGGGAUGCAUCAGUCAUCCUUUCCGGGCCAUGGUGUUUUCAAAUAGUCAUUAUCCUCAUCCUUUUUUCUAGGAUCUUGAAUGACAGUAUAUCCUUCGUGACGAUUUCAGACGACAAAGAGACAACGAUGUUCCUAAAAUUGCGAGCCUUAGCCAUUCAAACUCCACUUUCUGAUGAAAAGAUUGACGAGUAAGAAUUUCCUAUGACUAAUUUAUAUAGCAACUUUCAACUGAGUGUCAAAAAUAAUCUGAGAUUGCAUUGAAUAAAAGGGGGUAAGUCUCUUAGGAAACGGUGGUGCUGCGUCGGAGGGAGAGUAUAACAGUGAAAUUUAGUGUUGUAAACUGAGUUGAUAACGUAAAUUGGCCCCCGUAAAGAGUUUAAAGGCUGACAUUUCGAGCGUUAGCCCUUCGUCUGAGCGAUUGGACAAUUUGACUCAGACGAAUUAAAGACUAGGGACGAAGGGCUAACGCCCGAAACGUCAGCCUUUAAAUUCUCUACGAUGGCCAAUUUACGUUAUUAACUCUGUUGAUAACACUAAACUACCCUGAGAUUGCAUUGGUUUUGCUUUACUUCGCUCAUUGAUUGGUCUAGAAAACUUGUGCCACUUUCUCAACCGAUCAGAUGGAAAAUUAAAACCAAUCACGAUUUCGAUGCGCACUCUGUUAGGUCCGGUGGUUAUAUAGGGGUCAUUAUUAAGUCGUUUUUAGGGUGUCGUGUUUGCUGUCAUCUGUCAAGAAGAGUCUGUUCUAAGUUUGAAAAACAGCUCUCCAGAGGCGUGAGAGUAGUUCGUAAAGGAGGUGAAACUUUGAGCAAUACCAGAGGCAAUAGUGAAGUAAAUCUGGAGCAAACUGUAUUUGGCUAUAAUAUAUUGACAACUUCUCCACCUAGAGGAGCUGUGCCGUAUACGAACUUACAUUUCCUCAGUAGUUAAUUUAUUUAAUUUGGUUGGAAUUAAAGGAUCCUCACGGAACUGAAAUCGAACAUACAGACAACGCUGGAUGAAGACAGACUGACUCUAACAAUGGACACAAUUAACAUCAUCUUAGGCGACAAGAAGAGCCAGGGUACAGCGUAAGUAUAGAGGUUGAAUCAGUUUUGUGUUAAGCUUUAAGUGCUGGAUAAGUAUCGGUAGAUCGCUGGGAGGUCUGUGCUCAUUAACGUUCCGCUGGAUGACUCUUUUCUAUCCACGUCGACUUUAUCCUCCAUUGCCGUUUCUUAGCUGUUUUGUUUGCAGUGUCGUGGAGAAUAAUAAGAAUUUAAACGCUGGUUUUUCAGGUUGAGAGACUCGUCCAAACAGCUUCUUUUAGACAUCUUUGACGAAUUAUUGAACCCCAGUCGAGAUGACACGAGGUGAGUGUUCAUUGCUAACAUAGUAAUCCCUACACUUUGAGAGGAAAUAGCGGUAGAACGGCUUUCAUACUUUCUGUGACAUUUAAAACUAUUUCCAUUCCAGUAUCGAAAGUAUUCCGAUGUUGUACUGGCCUCUCUUUGCUUCGCUAUGUGAUUGGUUUAAAAUAAUCUCGCACCACCCUCUCCAUCAAUCAGAUGCCGAAGCCAAUCGCCACUUUGUCAUGAACGUCUUCUCGCACUUUGAGCUGUUUGCUUGUCUUUAGUUUGAGUUCUUAUGGGCCCCUUUGAAUACUGGAAUGGUUUGAAAACUUGAUUUCGCAGUGACUCAUUAAAAAAAAAAAAAAAUCGCUAUUUUUAUCAUUACUGUUAUUCUUAAAAAAAAAAAGGAAAAGCGAAAAGAAAAAAAAAACCAAUAACAAUAACAAUAACUUAAAGUUCGAUGUGUCGUUCUACUUUGAUUUUUCAGGGGUCAAGACAAACUCUCCACAGUUUUUGAAACGUUUGCAUUUUCUCUAAUGUAUGGUUUGCCCUGCCCAGACGAGAAUGGUGCAUCCCUUCAGGGUCAACGCGCUACAGUGAAAGGCUUUAGACGAUCGCCUUCUCAACUGAACGGGCUGAAAAUCGCCGCCGGGUAUGACAGUAACCUUCAAACAUAUGCUAGAAGCUCACAUGUAACGUUGUCCUCUUAAGGAAAACGAACUCUUUGAUUCUUUUAGAAAAGAUCUUUAGAGGUGUAUCUAACGAAUGUUAGCGGUCCAUGUAUAAGAUCCAUUUUUGCGGAACCUCUUGAAGGUGUAACACUCAGAUGCAUAGGCCCUGGUAAAAUCUUGAAUCUCCAUAGUGCCCCUCUCUUUCUCGAUUCAGGAGUUUAAAUGGGUAUCUAAAAACUGGAAAAACUUCAUAAACUUUCUGAGGUUACUUGCGCUGGUCUACCAUCCAUCUAAUCCAGGGUGAGCAAUACUCUUCACGCCAUGGAAACCGGAUUAUUUAACCGCUACAUAAUCUUCUCAUAAUUUUUCUUUCGAAGGGAAAAAAGGUAACAGGAAAAUAUACAUUUUGCACCUCCCUGUAUUUCGUUAUAAUGCUAACUGAACCAGGCUGUUUUGCUGAUAUCUUAUACAAUUAUCUCUUUUUUAGGAAAGGGGAAGAUUACUUCCAGUAUCCGUCACGUAUGUUUUCCUCUUCAUCUUCUUCAUCAAGCGAGGUUUGUUUUAUGUUUAGUUUGAACUGAUUUGGUUGAUAAUUCUUUUUCGAAAUAGUUACCUUGCGGUCCGGAACGAUCUGACAUUUUUUUCUUUUUUAGUGUAACGAUGUUCACUUCAUCGAUUACCAAACUGCUCACUGGUUCAGCAAACCUAACAGACCUCCAGUCAUCAACGAAAAGGUAAGAAUCGUUUUUUUUGUCUUGAAUCACAGAAUUCCUUUUUUUUUUUUUUUUCCGCCAGGUAUCUCGUUUUUUUCAGUACGUUUGUAUUUGUCUCAUUUUGUUUUUGAUCUCCUUUCUGUUUUCUCGUCCUUAGCGAACUGAUGCUUUCUGUGUCUUUUUUGGUUUAUAAUUUUUACUGCCUGUAUACAUAUCUUUGUUUGUUUUUUCACUUAUCAUUCGACCUUGUACCGCUACUUUUUCCCAUUUAUUUCUUCUUCCUCCCAUUCCUUUCUCCUUUCUCUUUCUCCUUCCCUCCACUUGCAUAAUAUUCUGAAGCUACAAUGACAAAGGUUUAAUAUGUUUUCCAGGUGCUCUCCACUUCAUUGAAUGAGACUCCAUCUAUUAGCAGUCAAAAUCCAGUUACAUAUCGCAUCUACACGGACAAAAAGAGAGUCACUCCCAAAGGAGCCGAGUAAGUCGCAGCUGACUCUUUGCAAUCAUUGUUGUCUAAAUUAUCCUGGACGAGGAAAGUUGUGGAAAUUGUUACCAAAGUUGUAAAAUUUAACUUCUGCUCUGGAUAAAUUCAUUCAUUGUUGAUGUAAUUGAGUAGAAACAACUGCUUUCCGUGUAAUAAUUUUCACAUGUUUUUAAUAACGUCAUAUCAUCUUUACAAUAGGGGAGGUAAGAAUUCUUGUAGCCCAAAAACUCGUGCUUAUGAUGUGGCUCUUAUGCCCUUAUCUUCCCUUAUAUAACAUGUUCAUUUGGCGUCAAUCGAAGUUAACAUCCGUGUACGUAUUUUUUUUUUCAGUUGCGUUUUUUGGGAUCACUCCAAGUCAGCUUGGUCUACAGAAGGCUGCACUAAAAAGGUAAACAUCUUUUUAUAAAAAAGAGUAAUUUUUUUUUGCAUUCCUGCAUGACUAUGUAUUGAAUUUUGUGCAUCAUCUUUUCAUGGAAUAUAUUAAUUUUGCUUCAGGGAAUAGCGUCUGUUAAGUUGAACUAGUAGAAACUUCUUGUAUGAAUCAGACAUUUUUUGGUAUUUUAUCUGACUAACAGUUUUCCAAAUUUAUAUUGAGGAAUAGUCAUGUUGAAUAAUAUGCUCUGAACCAUUUUGAUCAGUGGUGUUAGUAAUACAAAGGGUGAAUAUUGUGGUGAUGAUUAUUUCCCUCUUCAACAGAGCGACAAAGCUGAGUACGUAGAGUGCCAGUGUGAUCAUCUGUCGAUCUUUGCAGCUCAAGGGGAGAGCGACAACAGGACUGGAUAUAAGAUUUACUUUUUCAUCGUCUGCUUUGUCUGUAUGGUAUGUUAUACAAACUUUUAUUUUUAUUUCUGAGAUGGCGAGGUUUCCUUGAAAAAGAAGAACCGUGGAAUUUUCUUGGUGAUAUUCUCCCUUGAGAAUAUCUUUAACCGCAAAAUUGUGAAGAUGCUUACAUCAAGAAAUUCCUGUUUUCCUAAUAGGAAAUUGAAAUUAACUUCUCUCUUUUUUUCUGCUAUUAGGGAGCGUUUUUCGCCGCCUUGGUUAUCCACCACGCAUGCUCUGUCGAGAACAUGUUUGCUGCCAAGCUAUUGAUUCAUUUGUUUUUCGCUUGUAUGAUGGCUCAGGUGAACAAUUUGUUUUGAUACUUCUGCUACAUAUGUUUAUAGGAGCGUUUGUUUAUUUUAAGCAGCAAUAUAAGUAAAGCUGAUGCUAAGUCCAUUGACGUCGGCUCGAACAGCUCAGGGUCUGUGCGCUAUCAUUUCCGUCGUCUUUGAGGUCCUAAUAAACGUUUCUGCUUUUAAUUAAACUUAUAUUAAACGGUAGCUUCUUGCUCUGUUUCAGUUGAUGUAUGUUCUGGGCGCGUAUCUUAGCCCGGAAUUAGUGGAGGAGCCUACUCGCUGUUCAGUUUUGGCCUUGUUCAUUCAUUACUUCUUCCUUUGCCAGUUUUCUUGGAUGUUCAUUGAGGUAUGAUAAUUUUUGAACAAGUGCAAGGAAUAUUUAAUAUUUGUGUACAGCACAACAACUACACUAAGGUUUUGCUCAUACUUGCCCCACUGUUUCUGCAGUAGGAACUGGUCUUUAUAACAUUCAUAACAUAAAAAGAAAAAAGAAGAUAUAGCUAUUACGUAGUUCAAAAAAUGAGAAAGCUGUGAUAGGGCUCCACGCUGGUUCUCUAGUAAAAGUGUAUUCACCUUUGCGGCAAUCAAUACAAUGGUAAGCCUAUUUUGGGCUGAAAUAUUGAGAUAAUUUUUUUUUAAACCACGUAACAGUGUUUGUGAAUGAGAUACAUGUAAUGAGGCUAUUUAUGUUUUUGUGCUUUUAGGGAUGGAAUCUAUGGCGCGUCUUCGUUUUGAAUGACGAGCACACCGACAGGAAACUGGUUAUGUUCUUGAGUGUUGGAUGGGGUAAGUGCUGAUUCUAUUUAACCUUUUAACUCCCAUGAGUGAUCAAGACAGAAUUUCUCCUUACAAUAUCAAUAUAAUAUCAAGCAUAGAAGUGACAAGACUAAAGUAAAAUAUCAAUGAGGGGAUUAUUAUUUGAUCCAAUACCAAAUUCUCCAAAUUCAUAUCAUAGGAAUUUUAUGGCAGACAGUAAGGAGAAUCACUAAUGCGAUCUUGGGAGUUAAUUCUCAUGAUCGAGUGAAUAAUUUUCUCCUCUUCAUGCUCUAUACCUUCUCUCUGAUAAAAUAAGAGACUUUGACGUCACAUCAAGAUGUGACGUCAAAUAAUAACGAGUUACCCGUUUAUCUGUUUGUUUGUUGUUGUUAUUGUUUUUUUUUAUGCACGCUUGUAGUAAAUGUAUGAUAUAGAGAAUGAUACAUGGGCGCGCGUAGAUAUGGAAUUUCUCUUCGAGUGUUCAACUCAAUAGCUUACGAGUGAGAUGUCGAGUUGAACUCGAGAAGAGAAAUUUCAUAUAUACAAGCAACCAUGUAUCAGUUUGUUUAUCUUAUUUAUCACAUCCAUUUUAAAAUCACUGGUGGUCCCUGUAAUGUGAUUGGCUCUAAUUGGUGCGAUCUAUUCACCAUAAAAAAUACCAUAUUUUUUCACGUGUGUUGUUACGGCUUUUCUCAGGGCUGGAAAUCCUUGUGUAACACCGUAGUUUAUAUGGUAAAUCGUUCAUCAGCGAGUAGAAUUUCUGUUAAUAGCCUAGAUAGAUAGAUAGUUUAAUCUCAAAUGCAUUUGCAGCCCGAGGGCUGAAUUACACAUUUUUACAAUCCAAGAAAUUUAAAAUUUAAAAUUCAAAAACCUAAUUACACGUCUUAUUAUACCAGCAAUUUACAAUAUAAUAACAUGAUAGUAAAUUAAAUAAAAUACAUUAGCUAUAAAUGUAAACUAAUUAAAAUAAAUUUAAAUUAAUUAAAAGUAUCUACAUUAUCAUUAUCAUUAUUAUUACUAUAAUUAUCACGCGUGCCGUAACAAAAAUAAAGGAUAUCGUAUCGAUAAAAAUCUAGCCAUUAAACCUCCUUGCCAUAGCAAAUAUAAAAGUGUUCAUCGUUCUCGAAGUGCGAAGGCGUGGCAUAUUAAAUUGGCGCUUAUUUUUGAAGUUAUAGCUGGGUUUAUGUAUGGGUGGAAGAAGCGCCUUUAACUUGUGGCUAGGGUUGUCUAAGAUACCUUUAAAAGCUUCUGACAUAGAAAUUCGUAAUGUUCUAAGAUGGGUCGUAUUCCUAAAUCUUGAGCAACCGCGCAAUCACCCGCAGUUAUAAUGGAAAUUGACCGUUUCUCAAUACGUAAAAGCUCAUUCUUCAGAUAUUGCGGAAGUGCAUUAUAGAAGACAGGUAUCGCGUACUCUGUUACAGAUCUUACACAUGAUGUGUAGAAAAGUACUAGGUCUUGUAAAGGGAACCCUAGCUCUCUUUAGUUGCACUAAAAAAUACAACCUCUUACUGGCCUUUUUGAUUACUUCUGAUAUAUGACUGUUCCAGGUCAAGUCGCUAGCUAUAUUAAGGCCCAGGAGCUUUACGCUACUAACUACCUCCAACUCUUUGCCUUCAAUUACUAUGGGAUCAAAGAACCCGGGCCUUUUAGAAAAUGAGAUCCGAAGCUCUUUGCACUUAUCAGAAUUCAAGUGAACUCUAUUUUCUCGUGACCACUCACUAACACAAUCUGCUAUAUUUUGGGCGUGACUUUCACUCUCUUUUGGUAUCAUCUCCGAGGCUGUUGUAUCAUCAACGUAUUUCCAUAGUGGAUACGCGAUUUCAAGGUCAUUUAUCAUAAGCACAAAUAACCAUGGGCCCAAUUUUGUGCCCUGUGGUACUCCGGAGGGCACAGAUCCCCACUCCGAAAAGCACUCCGCAGCCAGCUUAAUUCUGGCUGAAUUAGCGGAGGGAUACAAUCUAGCAAUGCCUGAUACGUUAUGACUGACGUGAUUCAUCGUUUGUAUUUCUCAGGGAUGCCUGUUGUGGUCAUUGUGAUAUAUAUCCUUGUCACUCAACUUGCCCUCAAUUGGGAGUUCACUGAAGCAUAUGCUGAUGUUCAUAGUAAUGGAGACAUGUAAGUUGGAGAUGUGUUCCUCAAAUGGUUCCCCUUUUUUCUUAAGCGGCAUGUUUUUUAUUUUCGCCAAACUCUCAAAGAAGAUUUAACCCUUUAACUCCCAAGAUCUGAUUGUUAAUUCUCCCCUUGAGCUGCUAAACAUUUCCUUGUAAAUUAGUUAUGAGAACUGGCGCUAGAUCAACAUAGCGGAUUCUACCUGAUAAGUUUAAAUGUUCUCAUUACCUGUUUGCUGAAAAAUGUAUGGAUAUUACAGGGAGAAAUUUCAUGGUAAUCACUACUGGGAGAUAAAAGGUUCAAUCUUAAUCUGUUAUCAGCUGAAAUGGUCGUUCUUUUCUCUCAUCUAGUGAACUUUUGGGGCAGGUCAUGGAGGGUGGGGAAAGAUGGGGAUUAAUUACUUCAGGAAACACUAAGGCAGUCUCAAUACUGAUGCUGUUGCAUUUAAUGCCGUUUUUUAAAUUUUCUUUUGAUCUUUUGUGGUUCUGCUCUCAAACUCACGAGUAACACAUCUCAUUUAAAAGCUGUUUGAGACGACAUCGCAACCUGCAAUUUUUUCCCAAAAUUGGGCCUAAUGGGCACAAAUGGCGAAAAGUAUUGAACAAGAAGAAGCUCAACUUAUGACUUAGAGCAAAAUCACAAAAGAUCACCAAGGACAGAAACAGAAAAACGCAGUUCAAACCAUUCUCUGCCUUAAAAGUUUAUUUGAAAACGUGAUCUUCCGGUUUUGAUUUUGAACCCUAGGAUACUCUUCAGUUUUUUUUAAGUAUAGUUUCUGUUAACAUUUUUAUUUUACGUUUCACCAGGUGUUUUAUACCAAACACAUACGCUGCUCUUGCCAGUGUUGUUGGCCCAAUCCUCCUGCUGCUGAUGGGCGUGGCCUUGAUCUUCACACAGGCAUACCUGGUCACUCCACAAUGGAAACACUACGAUGACAUUUUCCGUGGGCAUUACAACAUAAAAGGUACUUAAUAUGAGUUUCCUCCCUUAAGAAGUUACAGUCACUCAAGAGCAGUUUUAAAUCAAAAUUUAAUUUUCUACUGGAAAUCGACUUGGAUCUGCUCUUUACUCUGAGGUUAUUCUAGAGCAUUCGUACAAUCCUCUUAACCAAGCAGAAGUAAAUUAAAACCAAUCGCACCCUAGUCACGCCCGCUCUCUCACGAUUCAGAAACCUCAUUGGCUCUUUGUGGUACGGUUUUUUAGUUCUGAUUGGCCUUUCGGGUCAAUUCGAUUUAGAAAUGCGGUCCAUUAAAAGCGAAAAGAUCAAAAUGGAGAUAUAGGAGGAAGCCUUUGAAAUUUGGAUUUAAACAGCUUUCUCUUCUAGUUCCAGCCCCCUCAAUAGCGUAGGUUCCAUUUUCAAGUGAUUCCUUAUUUAACUAUUAAAAUGUUUUAAUUUUUUUUUCUACCUCGGUUUAGAAAUACGAUAUGUUAUUGGACUCUUUUUUCUGAUUACAUUGGUGUGGUUGUUUGCUGGAUUUCACUUGACCUUUGGAUACGAUUGGCUGCUUAUUUUGUUUGUGAUCUCUGACGGAAUACUGGUAAGGAUCCGUGACUUACUCUAAGUUUAAUUUUUGUGUUAGUACUGGUGAUAGGGAAUUUUAUCCAAACCACGGGGACGACGGCAAGAAGGACGUGGCGAAAUUAAAGAUCUAAUGAGCAGAACAAUAGCUCAGUACAUUCGUUUAAAAUCCUUGGACAUUUCUUAGCCGUCCUCCGCAAAACAACAACGUGAAAUCACCAAAAUGUUUGUGGUAUGAGAACCUGAACCCCGACGGCAAAAAUUUUUUAAAGUUUCUAUUUUGAACUCAACCCUGUUCACGAGUAAAGUUAUAGCGCCGUGAGAGGCGGUAAACACGUCCAACCAUUUGUGAAGUUCUGUAACUAGAAGAAGAAAUUUAUCUUUUUGAUCGACGUCUUCCUUGGCGUUGCUUAAGGUCCCUAACGAGGCACAGGGAAAACUGAGACUUACUUCCUUAAAGAUUGAAAAUGUUGUGUAGCUACAUUGUUUUAAAAUUACACUUUUCAUCCAUUGGUUUAUCAUUACAGGCAUUAUACAUUUUCAUCUGGUAUUGCUUGAUGAGGAAUCAGUUACGCGGUGUAUUCAAGCGGUCGUUUGCAUUCCCAUCCAUGUCUCCACCAAUAGAAUUACGUGACGACCUGUUUAGAGACAGCCCAAGUCCUCAACACUCCAUAGCCAGCCUCAAAAGAAUGAGGAAUUCUCCGGACGAGCCGGUAAGAGUUAGCAAAAUUCUUCACUGGACCACACGCUUUUCUUGGAAUCAUGGAGUUGAACCUUGUCGUCAGCUAAUCCUGCAAGAAAUUUGAACUAAAAAUAAACUUCUCUAGAAAAUUUAAAAUAAAAUUUAAAUAUCAAAGCACGCAGUUAGAAUUAACUGCAAGACUCAUAAAAACCGUUAACUUCCAAGCUUAAAAAUAUCAUGAAAGUCCAGUUUUAUUCAUGAACUUCAGCGUGUAACCACAAUAAAGUGAUCAGCCACGUAGGUCCCAGCCCUCUCUCAAAUCGCAGCCUUAUUCUCUUCACCAAAGCCUGAAAAUGCGUUUUAGAUUCUAGCUAGCUGAAUGAUUGAUAGGCAUGGAAUGUGGGGAACGGAUAUCUACACGCAGUCAAUCGGCUGAAUUCUUUUUUUUUUUUUUUUUUUUGAGAAAGUGGAGAAAGAAAGGAUAUCGAUCGUUUUCAAUUUUGGGCCGGUUAUUUACACGAGAUUUAUUCCAAACUGCGGUUCUACGCAGGCAGUGGGCCUCAGGGAUUCUCUCUAAGAAGGUUGAUUUAAUUAAAUAAAUGUCCUUCCAGUAUUAGCUUUUGGCCCUCUUGACACUGUUCACAAGAACGAAUGUUCAGAUAAAAGAUUCAGCUGAAUUGACGAAAGGUUUGAACGCAGUUUCGUUAAACAAGGGCUAAACUUUGAUUAAAUAACCGGCCCUUAUGUUUUCCACGGCUUUCACUAAGAUUGCACAAUUUAAAUUAAGGUUUUAAAGCAUUUUAAGAGUAAAUGAUGCCUUGAUAGUUGCAUGUCAAUAACAAUUAUAAUUUUUUAUUUGUUUUUUUUCUCUUCAACCGAGUCAGGUUUAUUUGACGAGAAUUGAAAGACGAAGCGGAUCCGUUGUUGGAUAUCCGAUCGCAAGAGUUGUUGUUAGUUUUGACCGCAUAAUUUUUUUAAAAUCAAGACUAGGAACCUUAUUCAAAAGACUUUAUUUUGCUACCUCUGUUAUGGCAGAUCCAUGAUCAAAAUUGGAAAGAGAGUUAAAAUUUAUAAAGAAGUGAAAGAUAUGCGCUUAUGCUCUUAUUUUGCGGUUGGGAAAAGAAGUUUUUCAGUAUUUCCCUUUAUUUUUCUGACACGAAAAUAUCCUCCGUGAAGAUAACUUGUGUUGCAAUAAAAUGAAAGGUAGCGAAAUUCGUAUUUGAAAAAGGUCUUCAUCAAAAACCAUUAACUGAUUUUAAAAUUAAAAAGUAUCAUAUGAAAGUUUGUUUAAAAGGCACGUUUGCGCAUACAUAUUGUGACAACAUUUAAAAUUUUAAAUACUAACGAUCAAAGAAAUGAUUUAACCUAACACCUUAUUCCAAUGUGGUUGGUACAUUCAAUCUCUCUUACGGUCACUGGAUUUUUUUUGUAUGUUUAAUUGGUUUUUGUGUGUCCAUUAACCCUAAAAGUUUAAGUGUUAAUGAUGCGUUGAUAGUUAUAUGACAAUAGCAAUUGUAAUUUUUAUUUGUUUCUAUGUCUUAUGAGUUAAAGUUUUUAGGUUAAAAUAUAUGUACACUGUAACUUAUUAUCCGUGUCAUGACUCUAUCUGUCAAAUAUUCAUCUUCGAUUUUGUAAACAGUGCUUUUAUUAUAAUUUUUUUUUGCUAAAUAGUUGUGUUUGGUCCCUUCGCCUUCUAGCCUGGUUGUUCAAAGGGUUGAUAAUGCUAUCCACUGGAUAGCUCGCCAUCCAGUGGAUAGCACAGAAGGUUUUGUUGACACGUAUCCUCUGGAGAGCGAUUUAUUCGUUGAAGGGAAUUAUCCGCCCUUUGAACUGCUGGGCCUUGGUGUAAAGGUCUGAAUGAACUCUGUCGUGUUCUCUCAUAGCACAGAUUCAGCCUCUGGAACGAUCAGGUUAAACUGGUUUCUUUUUUUUAAUUCCAGGCUGACUGGGACGACCUAGAUUAUGGAGCCACUCCAAAAGGAAGUCGCAAAAUGUUCGUCAACCUGGACGACACCGAUAGCCUAGGCCGAGUAAACGAGAUGUACGAAGAUGACGAUGAUACCCAAGACUUUGACGACCUAAUUAUUGCGUUGAAGACUGGGGGCCAAUUUGAACCAACUCUGGACGAGGAAAAGGACCUGGAUAUGGGUGAUCCGGGAGAUGAACAGUAUGCAAUGAGAAGAAUCUCUAUCGCAGAUACACAUUUAUAACAAACGCUCCAGUGUGAACAUUUUUCUAUUUUAUUUACUCUUACUGUAUAAACAGAAGCUUGAUAAUUGUACAGAUGAUGUGCUAAACCAGUAUGACUGCCAUGCAAUAAUGAAUAAUUCGAUAAGGUUUUGUGCUUAAAAUAUUUGGCCUCGAUUUUUCAAGUUAGUCCUUGGAAUCCAGGUAUUUUUUCUGAUCCUUUUUAAAAAAUUCUAUAUUGAAGUACUUUCUUGUUUUAUCAAGCUAAACAUUAGUCGUGUCCCUUUUACUAAAUGGAAAUUUAUGUUUUGAAGGAAUUGAAUCAAAUUAUUUUGAAGUAGAUAUCUUGAAGAAUUCAAACGAAACCUACCCUUAGCAACUUGUACUCUGCGAUCGAAAAGCACUAUGUAGCUGCCCUGCCACUUUAUUUACCGCGCUGAGAGGAUAUUAUAUAAGUGUGACUUAAGAUUAUACUUCAACCAUUCAUAACAUUACGAGAUAUUUAAAAAGAAUGUCGAAAUAGCUGAACAUUUUAAAUCAGGCCGUUUUAACCCUACAUACGUUCAUUUUUGGCUCGUGCUCAAAGAUAUAUUUUCGUUUCUAGAUUUUGUAUCACUUUUUUUUUUAUUUUUUGAAAGACCCUAAGUGGGUCUUUUUUUUUCGAUUUUGUAGAAAAGUAGUAAAAACUAAUAUGGAUAAAGAUAAAUUUUUGUUUAAUCAAAUUUAAUUGCGUGUUAAUAUAUGUAAGUAUUUCUUCGAAAUUGUAUUUUUAAGUCUUCGCUGUAGGAACGGAUUUGUGAAAUACAAAAAUUAUCCAAAUGCCUUUAUUUAAUGUGCUGUUUGCUAAAAGCCUGGUGCUCUCAAGAAACGCUUGUUUAGUCUAGAAUGGAUUAACUGAACAAUGAAAUUUUGCUUAAUGUGGUGUGAAUAUGAACAAAAGCGGAAUAAUACAUUAAAGAAACGUAUUUUAACUGUGUAAGAAUUGCCAUGCAUCUCGUAAUUGUCCGCUCUAUCACGCUUCUUUCGGUCACUUUUCUCUCGAACUCUUUCUAUUUUUUCCUUCUCCUGGUUCCUAUUCGGAGGCCCUUCGCAUGAGUGAUAUUAAGUAAUCCAGUUUCUUGUUUGCUGUACCUUUGAAGGGAACUUUGGCGGUACUCAGUGUACCCCUUCUUCACACUAUGUCAUUACGUUGGGUCCAAAAACACGUUUUUAUUUUCCCUCACUCGUAGCUUGCUAAAUCAACCGCCGAGAAACGAUAUUAGCUUCUCUACUUUUCCUAAGGUAUGGCCUUUCUCCUUCAUUUUAUAAGUUUCCUUGCCAGGCAAUUGAUUUCCUUGUUUAGAAGCGUUUUCCCGGCCCUCUUUCCUUCCUCUCCAUCCAAAUUUAUU